GCAUUUAUAGCCAAAUAUUCCUCAAGGCGCUGUACAUGGACCUCUCCCCCCCCCUUUCCAUUUAAUCUCCACAACAAUCCUCUGAGGUAGGUUAGAUUGAGAGGCAAUGAAUAACCUUAAGUCACCCAGCGAGCUACAUGGCCAGCUGAACCUUGGUCUCUUACAUCCUAGUCCAAACACUAACCAAUGCACAUACAUUUCAAAAUAACUUUUUUUUUUCUUUUGCAUUUUCCAUUCCUAGCUAUCCUUUCUCUGAACUAUUUUUUUUAUAACACGAGUAGCCCACUCCAACACCUGAAGUAUUAAAUUGUCUUUUUUACAUAAGCUGUUAACUGACUCUGCUUGAUAAUUAUCACCACUGGCAAUUAAUCAAGCUCAGUUCCCUGAUUUUUCUGCUCUGUCGGUUUGCAGGUACUUUCCCAUGCUUUACCAUGCUAACUAGAGACAGUUAGAAGGCACACGUUAAAAAGCAUAUUUUCUAAGAGAGUGUGAAGACGAAGACUGGUGGUCUAAAGUUAACACAAAUGGGCUUCAGUUCCGCUGAAGAGCUGUGUGCAGACGGUCCCAGGUUCAUUCCCUGGGAGGUGCUGGAAAUGUUCACUCUCUGAAAUGCUGGGGAAAGUUGCAGGAGAUUGCUCAUGUCCUGCUUGUAGUCUUUCCACAAAAAUCUGGUUCGCCAUUGUGGAAAGCAGGAUGCUGUGCUAGAUGGGGCUUUUGGUCUGAUCUAGUAAGGACUCUCUCAUGUACUUAAAAUGAUAAAAGGACAAAAAUCGAGGCCAGGAAACCAGAGGGGCUCGGUAUAAACGCAGCUUGUGUUAGAAACAGCCUGUUCUGGUUGUAUUGUAGCUUUUUAUGCUUUCUGAAACAAGAGCGAUGCAGGAGAACCUUGUGUAACUGUGCUGUUCAGCUCAUUGAUGCCAGAUUAGUUUGGUGUAGAUGGUGUGGAUGACCCAUGCAGUGUUGUAGCUUUUUGUUUUUAUUUGCAAAUCACCCUAAAUAAGUGUGCAUCAAGGUACAUAAUAUUUUAGGUACCACAAGCUGAGCUCUAAAGGCAUGGUAUACAUGCAUGUGUCUGCGGCUUUGCUUGAUAUCCUUGUGUAAACGGGAAAUCUUGUUACCAUACUAAAUCUUACGUUUUGGCACUCGUGGGGAGCAGCAAUCCAUCUGCUUGCAAGACGCGCUGUCUGGAGCUGCUAAUGAAAUCCCUUAAUAGCCUUGGAGACUUCUAAUAUUUACGUACACUGAGCUGAGGCGCAGCCCACUGCAGGCUAGCAAAUCUGGCAUCCAAGCAGAGAGCCUUUAUGAUGUCAGGUUAACACCGGUUGACUUAUUUAAACUACUCGUUCAAAGUAAUACUUCGAAUGGUCAUUUACUAUCUUUAGCUGAAGACAAAAAUAAGAAAACUCGCAGCCGCCUGUGGCUAAGGCUGCUGUGAUGUCAUGCAGUGUUCGCUAACAACUCUGAACUGCUUGAGCGGGGAAAUGUCAGCAAAGGAAUGUUGAUAGGCUGUGUAACUUCUGUGAGGCAAGUGAAAGGGUAGGAACUGUAGCGCAGCGUUCAGACUCCUGCUUUGCAAGCCGAAGGUUCCUAGGUUCUUUCCUCGACAAGUCUAGCCAAAAGGACAUGGGGACACAGGGAGCUGCCUUAACACCACAUCAGACUGUUGGUCCAUCUACCUCAGCCCUGUCCAUGUGGGCUGGUAGAGGGUCUCUAGGGUUUCAGAGAGAGGACUGGGGCCUUCUGCAUGCAAAGCAGAUGCUCUGUCAUUGAACUAUAAAACAUUUGUGAUUGUAACUUUGUUUUAAAACUCUUUUAAAGUAUUUGCUGUUGUACGCAUGUCUUGUAAUACUUUUUUAAAAAAAUUGUCUAGCCAUUCUGUCUCUAGCAGUAGAAGAAUGGACUAUGAAUCAAUCAAUAAAUACGUCUGAUAAUGCAGAAUUUAAACUGAUAAUUUGGGGGUUGUGCUUCGCCAGUGGUGGGGAACCCUUUGCCGCCUAAGGGCUGCAUUUCCUUCUGGGCAGCCUUCCACGGGCCAUGUACCAGUGGUGGGCAGGGCCAAAGGUUAUAGUCAUAGAUGUAAUUUCUUUUACCUUUGUACAGUAGACUAGCUUCUGCACUCACACACUGCUCUCUAGCCCUCAUCCAGAUAAGCAAGAGGCAUUAUCAGAAUUCAAGCCAGGCAAAAAUUACUCUAGGUGUGAAACUUGUCUCAUGGGGGGGGGGUGGACUGGGGAAAGCUGGGGGGACAGUUAGAGAACCCCAGAGGACUGCAUUCAGCUCCUGGGCCUGAGAUUCCCCACCCUGUGCUGUGCCAUUGUUUGGGUUGCGUUUAUGCCUUAUAAUGUGCCCCUUAUUUAUGCUGCUUUGCUCUUUUUCCUCCUUACAGUGUGUCCCAGCUCAUGUGGCAAACAUGCUUGUACUGACCAAAAUGAAUGUUGCCACCCGGAAUGCUUGGGAAGCUGUACGGCCCCAAACAACAACUCGGCAUGUGUGGCUUGUCGCAACUACUACCACGAUGGGACCUGCGUCGCCACCUGCCCGCUCAACACGUACAAGUUUGAGGGCUGGCGCUGCAUCACGAAGGAGGCCUGCUCCAAAGUGGCCUUGGAACACUUCGAAUAUGAUAGCUUUGUGAUUCAUGACGAUGCGUGUGUGUCCGACUGUCCUCCUGGAUUUGUGCGCAAUGAUACUCAAAGGUAACACACACAGACAUUGCAAGUUGCUGUACUCUUUGGGAAACACAGUUGGAGAAAGGCUAUUCCGAUAUGGAGGAUAUUGCAGUAGAGCAUCUGUCCCAUUUUCUAAUAUUUCAUUAACAAUGCAGUACCUCUUUUAUUAUGGAAGUGUGGCUUUUUGACCAAUGUACCAACUAUGGGACGUGGGUGGCGCUGUGGGUUAAACCUCAGAGCCUAGGACUAGAAGUGCCAUUUGCUAAGGGUGCUGAGAAUUGUUAGGAUCAGAAGGUCAGCGGUUCGAAUCCCUGCGACGGGGUGCGCUCCUGUUGCUCGGUCCCUGCUCCUGCCAACCUAGCAGUUCGAAAGCAUGUCAAAGUGCAAGUAGAUAAAUAGGUACCUCUCCGGCGGGAAGGUAAAUGGCGUUUCCGUGCGUUGCUCUGGUUCGCCAGAAGCGGUUUAGUCAUGCUGGCCACAUGACCCGGAAGCUGUACACCGGCUCCCUCGGCCAGUAAAGUGAGAUGAGCGCCGCAACCCCAGAUUCGUUCGUGACUGGACCUAAUGGUCAGGAGUCCCUUGACCUUUACCAACUAUUUAUGUGCGGACCAGGGGUGGCCCAUCCCGUUUAGCUGCCUGAGGCGAAACAGAAAGGUGCCACCCUGUGCUUGCACUGCACACCCACACCCCUUGCCACCCCUCUCGAAGCCUCGCUUACUGGGGUUGCGUGGCUACUGCUUCUGGGUUCUGAUGAGGUCACAUGACAGAUUUUUGUCACAGACCUCUGGAGGUCUGUGUGAUUUUGCAGGAUUCUUGCGAGAUCUCUCUGGGAGCCACUGCAGCCACUUGGGCAGUGGAGGUGGGCCUGGAGACACCACUUGAAUUCUGCCACCUGAGAUGGCUGUGUCAGCCCUCGUUGAUGGGCAGGUGUGUGCACAGAAACCAAAGUUUUUAUUGCAGGAACAUAACAGGGUUGGAGUAAGAUGAGGGUCUUUUGUUAUUUCCCUGGGAAAGAGGGUUUGACUGUUAAACCACCUUAACGAACUUCAGCUCUCUGAGAAGGAGAAGGGGAGGGGACUCCUAACAACUAUCAGCACCCUUAAAAACACUACAACUCCCAGGAUUCUUUGGAGGAAUCUAUGACUGUUAAAAGCAAUAUAGUAGUGCUUUAAGUGUGUUGUGCCCAUGAGGCAAGUUGAACAAUCCAGGUAUUCUUCCACUGCAGAUCAACUUAUUAUGUGCAGACUACUUCCUCUGCAUUGCAGUCAAUGAGUAAUGAAAAUCUGUGUGAACUUGCCCCUAAAUCCCUUUAGCAUUGUAGCAUGUGUUUCGUUUUUAAACCUUUGGCCAAAGAGCUUGGGUGACAAAUUUCGGAGGGAUGACCAUGUUAGUCUGUUGCAGCAAAAAGAGACAGACUAACUUAAUGGGUCAGAAGUGGGCCCAGAAUCUUACUUUGUUGGGUGCAAGACAAAUAAAACUUUGGCAUUCUCCUGAGAGGAUGGUUAUAUAAAUAAAGACCACCCUUCCUCUUGAACUUUUUUUUUUAAAGAAGUUCUGCGGAGUGUUUGCCUUUAUUUGUUCAGCAAUUUCAUUUCCUGUUGACAUCUGACUUCUCAUUUUUUUUAAUGUUAAUUUAUCCAAACAAACCUUCCUCUGGCCCCCCAAAGAGUUCCUAGUUUAUAUACAGGUGCAAAGUACUGAUCUUUGCCCCUAAUUUAGAAACCCAGUGUUUACUGGGAAAAGUUUUUUCCUUGCUGCCUCUGACUACUUGAGUUUUCAGGUGAUUAAAAACACUCAUAAAAAACAUAAGCCUCUUUAUCUGAGCCUCUGUGUGGUAAUGGAGAAGAUGGGAAGUGGUGAAUUGAAAGCCAAUGAAAUUUGUAGUUUCCCCUCCUGCCUUCACCACUUGCCUUCCCAUGAUUAGCACUAAUAGCUGCAAGGGAAGGGGUGGUAAUUAUUGGUGUGUUUACUUUUAAUGGUUUCUGGCAUGUACCAACAGGGCCAUGUACUGAGAGUGCUUGAAAUAAGUGUGAGGAUCAAUCAAUCAUUGGGUUGUUUAUGUUUUUGAUUAUGUAUUCUGUGUUUCUAUGUUAUAACCUGCAGGUAUAGGGCGGUAUACAAAUUUAAUAAAUAAAUAAAUUGGUAUGCUGCUUUUCCAAAGUUCAAACCAUGCUCAAGGUGGCUUACAACAUAUAAAACAUUACAUAAUUCCAAAUGUAGCAAUAGUAGUCAGAAACAAUAAACAAAACUUCAAGUACACAACCAGAUUGGACACUUUCCACAUAAACCAUAAGAUCUGAAAUAAAAGUUACAAAAAAUUAACAGCAACAACACACCCACCACCCUGCAGUGCUGCCUCCUAAACAAUGCCUCAGCCCAAGAUUCUGUUCAGCAGUCUCAGCUUUUGUAGCUGGAGUCAGUCAGGGCCCCACCCUUCCAGGCCAGGUGGGGAAAGGCCUGCAAGGCAGGGAGCAGUUCUUCCAGGACUUACAGGCAGUGACUGGAAAAGUGCAUCUUAUGGCCAUGAUAGCUAUAUUACCUUCAUGACUAAAAACUGGCGGCUUACGAGAAGGUGACCCUCUAUAAAGAGGAGAAAGAUUGAAAGUUUUCAAAUAUACGGACUUCUUGCCAUAUAUUUGAAUGUUCCACCACUUCCUCCUCCCCUUCCUCUUUCCUCCCUCAUUAAAUGUGCACACAGAACAUAAUUGUUUUGAUUUAUUAUGGUUUAUCUUGUGUUGUUUGACUAUUGUUUUGUUUUUCCUUCUUGGGGAAGUUCAAUUAAAAAAACCUAUUGAUUGAAAAAUGGCAGGUUUUUGCUGAUUAUUUGUUGCCCUUCUCUCCUGACAGCAUGUUCUGCAGCCCUUGCGAAGGACCCUGCCCCAAGGUGUGCUCCUUUGAAAAGACGAUAACCAUUGACUCUGUCACGUCAGCAGAGUUGUUACAAGGAUGCACAGAAAUCAAAGGGAGCCUCGUUAUCAACAUCCGCCGUGGAAGUAAGAAACAGUUUCUGUUCACUUGCUUGUUUGCACAUGUUUAUUUGUGUGUGCGUGUUUAAUCACCAUCACUCCUAUUUUUCUAGAAAAUGUAGGUGCAGGAACUCACCACGAGCUUCUCCCUUGCUCCCUUAGAAUGGCAGUGGCACCUACCUGAGAGGUGCCAGAACUGAGCUCCUGUGAGCUCUGGCUGAAAAAACACUACAAUUGUUUGAGAAACGUCUCCAUUUUGGAUACCUUACAAAUAAUGCAAGCUUUUUUAAAAAAAAAAAAAGUUUUCCCUUUUUAAUGGUUUGUUUUUAUUUUGUCUUGUUUAUAAAAAGCAACAAGCUAUGCAGAAGGAUGGUAAAGUAGUCCUUUAAAAGAAAUGGAAUAAUGCUUGCUUGGUAGAAUGCAGGCCAUUUGGGAGAGCUACUUGCUAAAGCAGGUAUAGGGAGGGAGGGAGGAGAGGAAGCAUCCUCUGCCUUCAAACAGUCGGCAGACCGCAGGCAAGUUGAGUCUCCUGCCCUCUCCAUUGGCAUGGACUUCCCCCUUUCAUCUCUGCGUUACAACACCUCCUGCCUCACCAGCAGAGUUUCUCUAAUACAGUGGUGCCCCGCAAGACGAAUGCCUCGCAAAACGAAAAACGCGCAAGACGAAAGGGUUUUUCGGUUUUUGCGUCGCUUCGCAAGACGAUUUUCCCUAUGGGCUUGCUUCGCAAGACGAAACUUCUUGCGAGUUUUUUUUCCUUUUUCUCAAAGUGACCGCAAAGGCGAGCUCCGGUCGCGCGGCCGAGGGAAGCCCCGCUGUGGGUCGUCCAAAGUCAGCCCGAGCACGCCACUCACCUAAAAGGCAUGGAGAGACGGAGGGAGCGCGCGAGGAUCCCGGUGCAGAGGAGGCUCCUGCAGCAAAAUAAAGGCAGUCGGCAGCCGGAGGGCUCCAGGACCCGGAGCUGUGGCGGGGCCGUUGAUGGCGUUGCCGGAGACUCCUCCCUCUGGGCCUCGCUCUGUCCGCCUUUGCCGCCGCUUGCCCUGCCUGCGACUGGCCGGGCUCAUCGCUCCGCUCUGCAGAGCGCUGCGCAAAGGUGCGGCGGGACAGGUGUCCAGGGACACUUUGGCUGAGCGCGUCCAGGGAUCGGAGGUGCGGGGUGCUUGCUGCAGAUCUUAUCUUCCGGGGUCGCUGGGAUGGCGGCGGUCGGGGCUUGUGUUAUGUAAGCGUGUCAGGAGGGACUGCUUAAGAGGCCGGACGAGGCUUAUGCAAUGGCCAGAUGCUCCCUAGGGGUCGAGGCUUGCAGUUGCGGGAACGAGUUUAUACCUGUAGCCGCUAAGCCGCUAAUAGCCGUGCUUUGCAAGACGAAGAGACUCGCGGAACGGAUUAAUUUCGUCUUGCGAGGCACCACUGUAAUUACAGGGACUUCCCGCCUUCCUCCAUUGCAUCAGUAAGGAAAAUGAGAAGAUUCCACUUGCCUGGAGCGCCUUAGCCAAAUGGCCUGGGAGAAUAUUUAGCAUUUCCAUUUGGAUUGUUAUUGGGAGCCCGAAAUCUGCAAGAUUGCUUAUGGGCAACUUUUCAGCUUGUAACAAAGUUUCUAGCUCUCAUGAGUGGUAGAAUGGUUUGGUAAUCUCAUGAAUCGUAUUGUAUUUUAACUUUUAAUGUAUUGCUUAUAUAUUCAAAGCUUGCUUACUUUCGUUUAUUUUUAAAAUUGUCUAGGCCAGUGCAGUAAAUUUGAUGAUGAUGAUGAAAAACUACAUUGUGCUUAUCUUUCCUGGUCCACCUCUCAGUUUAUUUGGCUUCCCACCAUGAAUAUAAGUAUUUGGAAGUUUGAUUGCUGGAACAGAAUAAAAUGUGUAUGGGAAGCUUACACACACACACACACACGUAUGUCAAUAGGCUAAAUCCACAUACUUCUUACAGUUGAAUUUUGUAUUAGUUUGAUCAGGGUAGAAUGGCCUUCACCAAACUACUCUAUAGGUGCCUACAAAUCCCAUACAUCCCAGCCACCAUUAGAACUCAGUGGUUUCUGACAAUGGAAAUUUUAGUCCAAAACAUCCAGAGGGCACCAGAUUGGGGAAGGCUGGAAUAGAAUAUACAGAGUGUGGAGAGGAGCUCUUUUGUUCCACAAUUGUUCAGACAAUUACUGCCUCUUCUUAGAUAAGGGAAAUGAAUUCACAGUAUGACCUUGAAGGAGGGGAUACUGAGAAAGGGCCACAUUCACAACCAUAUAUUUAAAUGAUACCACUUUAAACAGCUGUAGCUUCCUCCAAAGGAUUCUGGGAGCUGUAGUUUGUUAAGGGUUUUAUAAUAGUUUAGGCUGGCCAUAUUUCAAAAAGUAAAAUUCCUGACACCCCCUUUCUUUUGAAAGAAAGAAAGGACACAUUUUCCAACUUCAACUCUUUCUUUCUUUCUUUCUUCCUUCCUUCCUUCCUUUUCCCCACAGGGGAAAGGGGGCAGUGGCACAGCCUCCUCCCAAAAAAACCCCCCACCCCCACCCCCAGUGUCUUCAAGUGCUGCUUCUUCCUCCUCCUCUUCUUCUUCCACCAGGGAGAAAAGAAAUGGAGAUUCCCUUUUGAGGUCCCGCCCCCCGCUUUGGGAGGGUGGGACUGAGCAAGUAGCUCCCGAGCAAGUAGCCACAGGCGCCCUGUUCCCUUUUAGCCGGGCUCCUCGCCUCCUGCUCUGCAUCCUGGAAAGGGGAGUGAUUGUACCCCUCGAGGCAGCAGCUGCUGCAGCUUUGAGAAGGUAAUGCAGCGGCUCUUGAGAGAGGAGGAAGGCAGGGACAGGAUAACUGAGUUGUCUUUAUUUUCCUCUCUGGACGGCUGGUGGGUGCUCAGGGCUGCUCUUGCCCUCUUUCCACCAUCUUCCAUGCUCCUCUCCCCCUCAGUUAGGGCUGUUGCACGUGGGAAGGCAUGGGGCGCAAGCGUGCUUUGGGUCUCCCACGUAAUGGGAGAUAUUCUUUCCAUUGCUCAGUGGGGGGAAGAAAAACCCAGAAAUAAACCCCACGUUGCCAUAUGUACGGGAAAUUCCGGACAUCUCUUAAAAUUCAAUCCCCCCCCCUCCAGGACAUCAUUUUAGGCAUCAAAUUUCAUGGCAUGUCUGGAAUUUUCUGGACGUAUGGCAAGCCUAGAACCGAUUCUCAUCCCAGAGCUGCAAUUCCCAGAGCUCUCUGUGAAAAUUGGAUAGAUUGCUAAACCACACUGGGAAUUGCAUAACUGGGAGGGGAAUAAGAAUCUCCUACCAACUCUCAGCACCCUUAACAAACAAUAGCUCCCAGAAUUCUUUUUUGGGGGGGAGCCAUGACUGUUUAAAAGCGGUAUCAUAGUACUUUGAAUGUCGGGUUUAAAUGUGGCCUAUGUCUUCAAAUCAAAUAUGGGAACAAAGAGCUGCUGCUGUUUACAAGCUUGUGGUGUUUCUCUCCCCCCCCCCUUGUUUCUUUUUUAAUUUUUUUUUUAAAGUAAGGGUGCAUUUUAAUGUUGGCACCUCCUUUCGUAGAGACGUUGGGUGGCACGUCUGUGGAUUAAGGUAUUUGCCCACUGGCAAAGUUUUUCCUGCAGUGUACAUGAUGCCCUCUUUAAAUACUGGCGCCGAAGCUUCCAUUCCUGCCCUCCCUGGUGCCAUGAGCUGGCCUCACCAAGUACAUGUCUUAACAGAAUACAAGUGCUUAGUUAACGAUUCGUCGGGGUAGUGAAUCAUACUCUGGGAAGAUUCCAACCAAUGCUAAACUUUAAAAAGUGUUACUCUUCUUCUCUUUCUUGAAAUGUGUGCUUUGUCUUUAUUAUAAACAAGCAAGGAAGAAUCCAGAGAGGAACACUAUAAUUUUGUCUGUUGCAUUGAGCCACAUUUCUGCUAGAUAUUUAAAGGCACCACGAUACCACUAUAAAGUGGUGGAUUCUCUCAAAGAAUGAUGGGAGCUGCAGUUUGUUAAAGCUGCUGAGAAUUGUUAGAAGACUGCAGCUUUCCUCACAGAACUACACUUCCCAGAGUUCCCUGAGAAGAACGAUUGGUUGUUAAACCACUCUGGGAACUGUAGUUCUGGGAGGGGAAUAAAGGUAAAGGGGCCCCUGACCAUUAGGUCCAGUCGUGACCAACUCUCGGGUUGCGGCGCUCAUCUUGCUUUAUUGGCCGAGGGAGCCGGCGUACAGCUUCCAGGUCAUGUGGCCAGCAUGACUAAGCCACUUUUGGUGAACCAGAGCAGCGCACGGAAACGCCGUUUACCUUCCCGCCGGAGCGAUACCUAUUGAUCUACUUGCACUUUGACGUGCUUUCGAACUGCUAGGUUGGCAGGAGCAGGGACCGAGGAACGGGAGCUCACCCUGUCGUGGUUCUGAUCCUAACAGUUCUCAGCACCCUUAGCAAAUGGCACUUCCCAUAAUUCUUUGGGGGAGCCAUGACUGAUUUUAAAUAUAUGGUUUGGAUGUAGCCUGAGUUCAGCAAGGAACUGUUUUGUGGCUAGUGGAGACAGUUCACUGAGGGUGACUAGGGUAUUGUCCCACUAAACGCAUUGUGCUCUCAGUCCAACUCUACAAUUCUAUGAUACUGUGGCCUGCCUGUCUUUUUAAUUGCCACUACCAGUUCAAGGGUUGACCUUAGUCUCAGGGUUGCCCUUGUAGAACUCAGUAGGGAGGGGUGUGGGGAGAAAACAAGAAUUGGUUGGUGCUGACCAUCAUUGGCUCUGGCUCCACCUACUGCUUGGCUCUCUGCCUCCUGCCCUACCAGCCCUAAUGGGAUCCAGCCUCCAUUGAUUACAACUUUGCUUCCCUCUGAUAGCAUUUUCACACCUUUCGAAACAGAACUUUAAUUCUGCCUCAUGUUGACUGUUAAGUUAGCUCAUCGUUUGUCUUAACUGGAUCUGCAAGAACAAAAUGUCCAAGAUAAGAGAGGCAGUUAAAAGCUAUAAUUUUGGGGGGGAGGGGGGUGACAUUCCUUUUGGCCUGAGUCAUGAUACAGCCCCAGAAAUACCAUAAUUCUUUCCCUCUAUUUAUUUCCCUAAAGCAAAACUUGUGGGAAACCUAAACCUUGCGCUCAAGGAAGUGAUAAGCAGCUUUCUUAAAAUGUGCUGUAGAGAAUCUGUACUCCAUUCAGUCUCCUGUUAUAAACAUGGACCUACUAUGCUCCUUAUCCUAAUGGUACAGGAAUAAGGAGGGCUAGUCUGGAUGUCAACUUUGAGUCCAGGCCUAUGGUUUUAUGCCUGUAUGAUGGAAUUCUGUAGAAAGAGAGGCUACUAAAGCGGUCCAACCAGUCUCUUCGUUAAAUUAAUACCUGUAGGAUAUCUCUUUGCAUGACUGAAGAGUACAGGCAACUAGUUGCCAUAGAAACUACUGUGCUGGAGAUGUAUCCAGAAGGCAGGCCUUGCCCUGCCUCUUGCCCUGGCUGGAGGUGGUAUCCCUGGUAUGUGUAGGAGAACAAUAAACCUGGGCUAGUCUGAUGUGGGCCUGGAGGUGGGCAGACACAGCAUCCACAGCUAUGGCUUUCAGGGGCCUAAAAACCUAAUGAGGAAACAAAUGCUACAGUCAUACCUUGGGUUGAAGUAGCUUCAAGUUGAGUAUUUUCGGGUUGCGCUCCGCAGUGACCCGGAAGUAACAGAACACAUUACUUCCGGGUUUCGCCGCAUGCAUAGACGCACAUGACAUCACGCACAUGUGCGGAAGUGGCGAAUCGCAACCCGCAAAUGCGGGUUGCGUUCGCUUCAGGAUGCGAAUGGGGCUCCGGAACGGAUCCCGUUUGCAUCCAGAGGUACCACUGUAUUGGCACAUUAAUGACCUGAAUUGUCUUUCAUUCUGCUUGUAUGUACUGUAUGUGUAAAUAAAACCAUAUCUCACAAAGAGAGCACAGUCUCCAGUGAACUUUAUUCCAAGGAAACAAAACCUGGAGUAUGCUCUGGCACCCCUGAAAUCUCUCGUUUCUCAGAGAUUUUUGGGGGGUGUGUGUGAGGGUGACACUAAUUUAUUUGGAAAUCCAAACACUCCUUUGGAGAGUUAUCUAGUUGAAGCUUUCUUAGCACAAGGAGUCUGUUGUGAGUCUGUUGGGACUUUAUCAGAAGGGUUGAGACAGUGGAAAUCCUACUAUUCCAAAUUACCCAAUGAAGCUAAGUUGUUCUGGCAGUCCUGGACCUACUUCCAAAGGAAGUUUUACUUCUCACCAUGCGUAACUAACUUAAAAGAGUCCACCACUACAGAAUGGGAUGAUGGUCAUAAGCUUAGAGGCCAUUAAACACAGAUUAGACAAAUUAAUGAAGACCAUGAGAGCCAACCUCCAAGAGUAAUAAACCUCUGGAUAACGAAAGUUUCUGAACAAAUCGGUGAUGGGCAUUGACCACUAUGUCCUGUGUUUGAGAAGAGCCUUACUGGAUCAGGCCAGUGGUCCAUCUUGUCCAGCAUCCUGUUCUCACAGUGGCCAACCAGAUGCCUAUGAGAAGCCUACAAGCAGGACCUGAGUGCAACAGCAAUUCUCCACACUUGCUGUUCCCAACAACUGGUAUUCAGAGGCAUGCAGCGUCUGACAGCGGAAGUAGAACAAUAGCCAUUGUGGCUAUUGGCUGUUGAGAGUUGUAUCCUCCCUUAAUUUGUCUAAUCCUAAAUUGAGUUUACGGACCUUGCAUUUUAGAGAAGACCCUGCAUAACUUGAGGUUCCGGGGCCAGAGCUUCUCAGCGGGAUGUUUUCUGUUAGCAUUAGUAUGGUAAAAUUUACGUCUGUCCUGGAGCCUAACAGGAGCUGUGGCUUCCUGUAUGUUUAAAUUUACAACUGCAUCAGAAACUCUUGCCAAAGCAUUGGCUGUUGAAAGCUCAGAAUCUGAUGCUGGCACUAGCAGGGUGCAUUCAUAAUGAAGGGAAGGCCAUCCGUACUGGCCAGAAACUGACGGUGUAAAAUUGUAGCGGUAUCUUGUUUUGCGUUCCAUUUGCCUUGUGUUCGUAGGUAAAUCAUAAAGGUUGGACUGCUGAACAAGGAGUCUGUAUUUAAUCGGAGAAGGCAGUCAGUAGUAUUCUGAUUGGGACAAUGAGCAAAAGGAAGCUUCUGAAACUAGCAGUUUUUCUUCAAUUCUUUCAGACAACAUUGCCUCGGAACUGGAGAACUUGAUGGGCUUGAUAGAAACAGUGACUGGCUAUGUGAAGAUCCGGCAUUCCCAUGCACUGGUUUCCCUCUCAUUUUUGAAGAAUCUGCGCUAUAUCAACGGAGAGGAUCAGCUGGAAGGGUGAGCAUUUAAUUGUCAUGUAAUGAUGUUCUUGUUUCUACUAUUUCUUCCGAAAACAGUGCUAUUGGAGAUACAUUCUUUGGCAUAUAUAUGUGGUGGUCUCGGUCAUGUGCUUGUGGAGGAGGCAAAUUUUUCUGUUGGAAUGGAAAGAGUACCAGCCACGCAGCAACUAGUUAGUGGUGGCACCAUCAAUAUUAUUAAGCCCCCCACUCCAGCUUCUCACCUGGCUUUCCCAAAUACAUCUAUUCAGCCACAAGGCCUAGAAACUUGCUUUAAAAGACCUACACUGAGGUUUCUGUACCACUGCAGCAUCCUGUAUUAUUUACACUGUCUUAAAUAAUGGCCAUGCAUGUGAGGCAGAGGUCUUUUGAGAUAUUUUACUCACUAAUUCAUGUCUUCUGACACCACUCCUUGUGGUCUCAAACCACAGGGCGAUUUCCACCUUUGCACCAUAUGCGUGCAACAAAAUUUAUCAGUAGUGGAGGAGAGACAGCAUGUCAGAAUCUUGCAGGUUGUGGUUGUUUUUGUGGCAGUGGAGUUUGUCUGGGAAAUUGCUGUGUAUGUUCUCUUUCUCUCUGCUCUCUCUCCCCCCCCCCAUUCCUUUUGGAUUUAAGCUGUGACAGCAGUUAAUAAACACAGAUUUGGGAAAAACAGUUUGUGAACAAGGUGGUAGCAAGGUCAUGGGAAAGGCACCGUAUGUGUCUGAUUUCUGAUUUAUCAGGUCUGAAAGGAUUAUGUUACAGCAUGAGGGUUUCUUCACAAGCCUCCCUUUUUUCUCAGGCUGUGCUUUGGUGAGCUUUAAAUUCUUAAAAUUCCACUAUGUGAUAGAAUAAGCUCGAUUCUAAACUCAAAAAAUCCCACUGUCUCCCUUCCCCGUGAAGAUUGCCCUGACGGUGCACUUUGAAAGCAGCAACCAAGUGUUUUUCCUUCUUUCUGCUCCUGGCAAAUCCUGGGUUCUGCUCUUCUGCCUUGAAUAAGGAAAGUGCCUCGUACCAAGGGAGACCAUUAGCCCAUUUAGCAUAGUACUGUCUGCACUGGCUGGCAGCAGCUCUUCAGGGUUUCAGACAGGGGACAUUCCCACCCCUACCUGGAGAUGUCGGAGGACAUUUUUCAUGUCAGGCUGAUUCUCUGCCACUGAGCUAAGGCCAUUCUCUUAAGACAUGGGAGCAUUAAAAAAAUGCUUUAUACUGAGUCAGACCAGUGGUCCAUCCAGCCCAGUGUCUUCUACACUGACUGGCAGCAGCUCUCCAGGGUUUCCAGCUGGGGACAUUCCCAGCUCUCUCUGAAGAUGUCUAUGGCUGAAUGCAGCCAUACAUAAGAAGAACCUGCUUGAUGGCCCAUCUGUUCCAGUAUCCUGUUCUCACAGAGGCCAACCAGAUGCCUGUGGGAAAUCUUCAAGCAGGAUCCAAACACAAGAAUUCACAACUCCUGCAGUUUUCGGCAACUUGUAUUCAGAAGCAUUUCUGCCCCUGACUGUAGAGGCAAAGCACAGCCAUCAGGGCCGAUGGCCAUUGAUAGCCUUCUCCUCCAUUAAUUUGUCAUAUCCUCUUUAAAAGCCACUAUGGGAGUUCCCUAGGCCCUCCAGGUUUCUCUGCCUGACCCUCAGGACCAGCAUUCAAAAUUCACCAGGCGCCUUUUGCACCUGGCUUUUGGCCACUUGCGACCAAGUGAAGAAAGAUGCCAGGAUGGCGUCUGACAACUCCACCAUCUGGAGAUGCAUGCCUGGAGAUCCUGGGAUCUUGACUGUUUUCAUACACGUAACAACACCUCCUGUAAAAUUCUAUCUAUGAUAUUUCAUCUGCACAAUCCUAACCCAGUUCCAGGAACCAAAAAGUCAUUGAAAAAUAUGACUUCGGAGCCACCUGGCCCCCGAAUGGCAACUAGGCAUUCUGUUUUGGCAUUCUGUAACCCUGGUUUAAGGAGCCAUUUGGUACGUAGCUUAUGUAUCUGAGUUUCGGUUCACGUCUCCGCUCCUCCACAUGCAGCUGCUGGGUGACCUUGGGCCAGUCACACUUCUCUGAAGUCUCUCAGCCCCACUCACCUCAGAGUGUUUGUUGUGGGGGAGGAAGGGAAAGGAGAAUGUUAGCCGUUUUGAGAUUCCUUAGGGUAGUGAUAAAGCGGGAUAUCAAACCCAAACUACUACUACUCUUCUUCAUUCACACUCUCCUUGAAUGCUGGAAUGUGACUGGAAUGUGCCCUUGAAGUCUCAUAAUGCCUCACACUUCCAUGGAUGGAGGAUAGAAACUGGCCUACUGGUGGAAAGUAGCAUUUAUAUUCAUUGCUAUGUCCUCUUUAGCCUCUGGCCCUACCUAACCCUGACAUGUGGUCCCCAGGAGGUUGCCCAGAAGAUAAUAUAGUCCUCAAAUUGGAAAAGGUUUGUUGACCCUUGAUUUAACAGUGCAGCCCUCUGCCACCCAUUCUUACCAGUGUGGAAACAAGUAACCUGCAAGCAGUACUGUCUACCAACGAAACACAUAUCCAUGCCUGCAUGUUUCUCUGGGUACUCUACUGCAUAUAGUUUCUGAAGACGUGUUUGUUUCUAUUCCCUGCAAUAAAGGUGUUGUUGCAGAAGUGUCUGGGCAUGGUACUAUGGCCAUGUUUUUCAGAAACAUGAAAGAUAAAUCUUCUAAACAAAUCCUUCAAAGUUUCCAGUCCACAAGGGGGUUAUUCAUUCACAUACCUGUAUUCCUAAAUCAGUCAUUUGCAGGCAAAAAGAAAGGAAGGGGAAACCAGCUUUUAUCCCUUUAUUUCCUGAAGGCAAUGCUUCACUUUCCAGGGACGAUUAAACAAGUGCCUCUGUUUACAAGGCUACAGCAAGAAUCCUAGUUUGACUUUUGGGCCAUUACUGCGCCUUUAGAUUCUGGAUGCUUCAGGAGAAGCAAGCAAAAGCACAUCCUUUGGGUGCAGAAGGUUCCAGUUCAGUCCCUGGCAACUCCGAGUAGGACUGGGAAAACCUCAGUGUCUGACACCCGAGAAAGCUGCUGCAAGCUGACAUUGACAAUGCUAAGCUAUAUGAACCAGUGGUCUGAUUCUGUGUAAAGAAGUUUCCUAUGUUUCUGGAGCCCCAAUGGUAAUUAGUGCACUAUUCCUUAGUGGCAUUGGAUGCCUACAAUGCACAGCACUCUCCAAAGUGCCUCUUAAUCUGCUGUUGCAGCUUUUCUAGGGUGGGGGAAGUCACUCUCUCCGAGCAUCAGUGAUUCUUGUGGGGGUUCUCCCUAGCAGAGCAAAGAGUGCCCCCCACACUUGUGUGGAUUGUCAGCCUUGUAAGCUCCCUACUGUAAUGUUCAUUUGUUUUAUUUGCAGGGAGGCAACAAGCAGAACAGAAAAUGUGUACAGUUGUUGGCAAAGACUGGUUUUGCUUUCAAAACAUUCCUGUCCUCUCCCUCCCUUAUUUUUUUUAAUAGGAAUUACUCAUUUUAUGUUCUGGACAACCAAAACCUGCAACAGCUAUGGGACUGGAGCCAUCACAACCUGACCAUAAAGGAAGGCAAGAUGUACUUUGCUUUUAAUCCCAGACUCUGUGUUUCGGAGAUCCAGGAUAUGGAGAGGGUUACUGGAACCAAAGACCGGCAGAGUAAAGGCGACAUAAAUCCAAGGAACAACGGAGAGAGAGCGUCCUGUACGUAAAGGAAGUAUAAGAUAAUGAUGAUUCUCUUACUUUUGUUACAGUUGCAAUUAAUGAAAGUUGUUCGUUCUUGUGCAAAUACUCUCCAAGUGCCUUGCAAUAUAUUUAAAAACAGAAGUAAAAAAAUUACAUUAUACUAGAAACACAUUUACACAAAAACACAUGCAAUUCAUUAAAAGUACACAAAGUAAUCCCAUAGUAGCAGAAAGCUUCAAUAGCACACUAGCACCAGACAACAUCAUUGUACUACAUCAAAAACCUGGGAAGGGAAAAAAAAAGUUAAGUUUUUCCCUGGUGCCAGAAAACCAGGCAUCUCACUGAGGAGUGUGUUCUACAAAAAGGCAACCACAUCUAGCUCAGGACUGUCUACAUUAAAUGGCAGUGUCUCUUUCAGACAGGAGAAUUGUACAGCCCUAACUAGUGGUGUUGGGUCCUUCUGCAUUCACUGCCAUUGAAUUGCUGGCCCUUUCCUGGUUUCUGGUCCUCAUUUAAAGACAGGCCUGCUUUUUUGUUGAGUGGGCAGUGGGCUCAUGAGCCCCAGACGAAUAACAGGUGCCUGGAAUGCUGCUGCUACCACUGCCACCAAAUCUCAUGCCAGCCUUUGUUUGUUUCUUAAAACACACACAAACACACAAAAGAGCUUUCUGACUUGCUCGCCUUCCAUGCAGAGAGAGAGAGAGAGAGAGACUCCUCAAACAAGCUAAAUGGGUUUUGAAAUGCUGGCAGUUUUUUGAGCCAGAAUACAAAAGGGAUGAAGCACUGGUAGUUCUCUUGAGAUUUGCAAGCUUCUUUUUAGAAACAACAGAAGCAAAGCAAGCAAGAACCUGCUUCCCUGUUUGACAUUCUGCAUGCUGGAUUCUCUAUGCAAGAAUUAAGGGUCUUUAAAAAAACAACAACAUACACAAGCACACACAUCCCUUUUUGUUUUGAAUUGGAUGGCUUUGGAAGAUGAGGAAAAAAGUCGCCUGUUCACUUGAACAGUGAGCUUGGCGCUCUAGACAAACCCAGACGUCCCCAGUGCCAGGUAGGACUGGUCUGGAGGGUGGGGUGUCCCCUCCCCUGCCUGAGGAGUCUGAAGACUCGAGAAUCCAGCCUGUCUCAGUUGGAGGGAGGUGCUAUCCUGCGAGUUCAGAACUUCCUUCCAUGAACAGAAGUUCAUGGUAAACAAGCUUCCGAUUUAACUUGGCAGGGACUGGCUGAAUCUCUUCUGUAUGAAACAUAUUAAGAAUAGGUCUGGGUGAUAAAUUGAUAUAUUGUCCAAAACUGGUUUGAAGACCAUAUCGUGAUAACGGUUUUAUCAUUUUUGACCUGGAAGUAUUGCAAAUCAUAGUGUAUGUGCGCACACGCACUAUGCAAAAAUCGUGAUGCAGGAAAAAUGUGAAGCCAGCCAAUGCUCCUACAUAGCUCCAUCCUCAUUUCAGACAUUGUGGUAUAUCAGUAUAUUGUGAUAUUUAGCUGGUGGCGUGGGUGGCGCUGUGGUCUAAACCACAGAGCCUAGGGCUUGCCGAUCAGAAGGUCAGCGGUUCGAAUCCCUGUGACGGGGUGAGCUCCUGUUGCUCGGUCCCUGCUCCUACCCACCUAGCAGUUUGAAAGCACGUCAAAGUGCAAGUAGAUCAAUAGGUACCGCUCCGGUGGGAAGGUAAACGGCGUUUCCGAGCGCUGCUCUGGUUCGCCAGAAGAGGCUUAGUCAUGCUGGCCACAUGACCCGGAAGCUGCCUCGGCCAAUAAAGCGAGAUAAGCGCCGCAACCCCAGAGUCGUCCACGACUGGACCUAACUGUCAGGGGUCCCUUUACCUUUGCUAUAUCAUGAUGUUGAAAACUAGAUAUCGUCUAUCCCUGGUUGGGAAGCUCUUGGUGUUGAAGGACUUUGAAGCAGGGAUGGAGAACCCCUUUCAACUCAAGGGCCGUAUUACCUUCUUGGCCACCUUCUGGGGGGCACAUGUCAGCGGUGGGUGAGGCUGGAAGCAACAAUAGGCAGGUUAGAAAAUGUGAAAUUUUCCCUUGUACAGACAGCUAGUUUUGUCACACACCCCACACUAUCCUGCAUCUAGGCAAGCAAGAAGCAUCAAGGACACAUUCCAGCCAGGCAAAAACGCUCAACGCAAAGCAGGGCUGGUGUGGGGUGUGGCCUGAAUAGAAUCUUGAGGUCCUGACAAAGAAGCAUACAGGCCUGCAUUCAGUUACCAAGCCUGAGGUUCCUCAUCCCUACCUGUAUAAGGCUGAUUUACACAUUCACAUUCCUAUUAAGGGGGGGGAGUGCAUUUGUGCUUACAGGAAUGUUUCACCUGUCACACCUUAAGUGCCAGACAGCCCCCACCCCAGGCCUCUCACUGUAGGAGACGACAAAGGCCAUAACCCCCCUAAUCUCCAGUCAGUUUUAUCAGUGGAAAACUCUUCGGAAACUAAGGUGAUCCAUGAUAUUCCUUAGUGUAAGUAGACCGUAAGUGCCGCUCUGCCAAUUUGUAGCCUGUGCUACUAAAAUGUAAAAGCAGAACAAUGAUAGAAUUAGAAAUGAAGCUGGAACCUAACAAAAAUCCUUGUGUGUAUUAACACUUACAUAUUUGUGUCACUUCAGCUCACUUGCUGUCCUGCAUUUUUCAGGUGAAAGCCACAUUCUGAAAUUCAUUUCCAACACAACCAGGAAGAAUCGGAUCAUGCUAACCUGGGAACAGUAUCGCCCCAAAGACUACAGAGAUCUGAUUAGCUUCACUGUUUAUUACAAAGAGGCGUGAGUAUGCACAUCUCCGGAUGAUACCACUAAUGUGUGUGUUUUGCGUAUGUGGGGUGGAGGGAGGAAAGGGUAUCAAAUUGUAUGAAGGAUGCUACUGAUUGAAUAAAAAGAGGGCCUGGAUCUCCAUGUAGCUCCUACUAAAGACCGCCAAGUUGAGGACAAAGAGCAAAUGCUGUUAAACUAUAGCAAGAGUUAGAUAGCAUUUUAAUUGGGUCCUUUGGCCAAAGAGCUUUAUCCCAGGUAGGCUGAGUGAGGUGUGCAUGUGUAUGAGAGACUGGUCUAAGGUAAUCCACUGAGCACUAUGGCUCAAUGGAGACUUGAAAUGAAGUCUUACCAGUUGAGGUUUUCCAAGGGUAUAUAUACAACUGUUUAAAGUUGUGUGGUGAUUGUUCAUAUCAUGUGCCUACAGCAAAAAAUGUUUGCAACAUGAAAGGGAAGAGCACCUCUUGAAUACAGUGGCCACAUAACGUUAAACUAUGGUUUGUUGCAAUAUGGUUGAGCCUGAAGAUUCCUGAUCAAAGUGUUUGGCUUGUUUGCUCCACUUUCUUUCUCCUCCUACACUGGAGAAGGACAAACUGCUAAAGAAUCCCAUUAUGUUUAAGUCAGGCAUCCUGGUUUAAAUCACUCUGCUUAGUUUAUCAAGUCAGCUUCAUAACCCAUGGUUUGAUGUUGGCUUUCUAUGACGACAACAACAACAAUUUAUUUAUACCCCGCCCAUCUGGUUGGGUUUCCCCAGCCACUCUUUUGUGAAAUUUUUAUUUCUUGGUGUUUUUCAGACUCUCAUGUCUGCUUUGUUAACCUUGCUGCCUGUUACUUUGCAACCUGCACGCCUAUAUUUUCUUCUAUUACCCAUCUUUUCCCUUGCCUCUUUUUAAUUUUUUCUUCUUAUUUCUGACAUUGUAAGUGGCCCUGGCACUUUCAGUACGUAAAAAGCUAUGGAAUAUCUUGCCAUCUACAAUAUGUUUCCAUCUUGGCUAGGAUUUUCCCCAUCCCCUUUCUCAUAUUCCUUUCCUUUGGCUGCAUUCAGCCAUAAUAAUAAACUCAAUAAGGCUUUUGAUAGGAGCAAUAGUAGAUGAGCUCACAUGCUCCUUCCUCCUCCAGCACAGCUUUGAGGAGGCAAUCUGAAGUCUGCUUUUGAUUAACCACAGCUCAGCAUUGCAUCUGGACUGUGAAAUCUGGUUAGUUAUUGUUUAUUGAAGUGAGCCACUUCCAUAAACCAUGGUUUGAAGUUGGCUUCCUUAAGUAAACCAUAUUCGAGGCUAACCACAGUUUGUCCAGGUUCAGUCAUAAUGCUAAACUGUGGUUAGUCAAAAAUAAAAAUGGAAUCUUCUGAUUUCAUCAUAGUUGUAAUGGAGGAGUGGGGAGUGUGAGAACCCAAGGCUUGGGUAGGGUUGUUCUCUUAAUGAUAAAUCAUAGUUUUACUCUUGAAUGCAGUCAGCGUCUCUUGUGCACCUAGAUUGUGACUCUGUGGGCAAGGCCUCUUAAUUCUUCUGUGUACAGUGCUUUGGUGUAACCUAAUAUUUUUACCAUUGUUACUUCCAAAACUUUUCAAAGUUGUGUGUAAAAUAGUAGUUUGUGUUUCAGCCAGGAGUGGGUGAUGAGCGAGCCGUUUGAAUAAUGCCACUCAGUUGACUAAACAAGUUUCAUUGACAGUAAAAAUCUGUCAAAACAGUGGUUUUCUUUUAAAUAUUGAUCUGUUCCCCUUUGUUAAGCACUCGUUAAAUAUAAUUAGGGAUUGUGUAUAUAUUUUGACUAAUAAUAGAAGGAGACUGAAUCCAUGGGGUCCUGGUGAGAUGGACGAGGGCAGCCUUUCUCAACUGGGUGCCAUCCAGAUGUUUUAGAUAGUGCCAGUGGGAGCCGAUGGGAGUUGUAGUUCAAAGCCUCCAGAGGACACCUGGUUGUGAAAGGCUGGAUUGAAGGGCCUCCUUUUUUUCCUCGUGGCAAGAUUGCUUAUGACAUUGCUGUUUUCAAAGAGUGCCUCUUGCAAAGCUUGCAGGAUGAUGAUGACAAAGAAGUUGUCCCCCAUCUUACAGAGCGCAGACUGGCCUUAACCAGAAGUCAGGCAUUAAGGCUAUAUUCACACCAUACAUUUAAAGCACUGUGAUAUCACUUUAAAUGAUCAUGGCUACCCCUGGAGAAUCCUGGGAAGUGUAGUUUAGGGUGCUGAGAGUUGCUAGCUGGCCCCUAUUCCCCCCACUGAACUACAGUUCUCAGUGUUCCAUGUGAAGAAGGAUUGAUUGUUACUCUGGGAAUUGUAAUUCUGGGGGUGGGGUGGAGAUUGGUUCUCCUAACAACUAUCAGCACCCUUAAGAAACGACAGCUCCCAGAAUUCUUUGGGAGAAGUCAUGGCUGUUUAAAGUGGUAUAAAAGUGAUAUAAAUAUAUGGUUCAGAUGGGACCUAUAUGAGUGAUGUGAAGGCAAGAAAUUGAAGAGCAGAAUGAGAUGGGUGAAUCCUCACAAGGGCUAUAUAAUUUUUGUUAAGAAGGAAGUAAUGGAGUUUUCAGACCAUUGUCUAGGGAGCUAAAAGAGUGCAAGGUUGAUAGAUUUAAAGCAGGAGAGGGUGGAAGGUAGACUGGUACCCGCUGGGAAAUCUUGGGGCAAUCUUCAGUAGAUCAUCAAGGAUUUUAAACAUAGCAACAUCAAACUGACUUUUCAGCUGCCUAAUUUAGGUUGGAAAUAAAGAACGUGAUCCCUUCUGUGAGAGGACUGUGGGCUCAGCUGUGUUCUAAUGCUGAAAACAAAUCUUUAGGCUUAGAAUGUGCUCAGAGGCACCCUUGUGUGCCCUUUCCAUCUGGUCUGUUUGGUAGAUCUUGGGUUCUGGGCAGGGGGAGUAGAUCUGACAAGUUCUGCCUACCCCUGUAGUCUGCCCACCUCAUGAGUAGUCUGUCUAUUGUAGGAAAUAAAUUCUGCCAGUGGUGGCUGUUAAUAUCACUUCAGCGUUGUGAUGAUCGCACAAUCAUAAGGGAGAAGUGCAUUCCCCACCUCCCUAUAUAAAAAAAGUAGUGUUGGGACUAACCAUCCAAGUCCUUUAGUGGAGGCUGCAAGCAUGCAUCUUGUCCAAGAGGAGUGGGAGGUUCUCUUUAUUUAUUUAUUUUCUUCUUUUGCUUUAAGUCUGCUUUAGCCAGGGAGUGGCUGAUUAAAAAGCUGCUUGCUUUUGUCUUUAACAAAAAGCUUCAUUUUGUGGGAAGCAAAAACAACAAUGGUGGCCUGCCCCUUUUGGAGAUCCCUUGUCAUUUCAGUAACUUGCAAAGGCUUGGUUUCCUAAAUAUGAAUAGAACUUGAGAAAUAAAAACCUGGGAUUCUCCAGGUUUUGUUUUUUUUAUACUCCUCCUAUAAAAUGCAGAAGUUUUAUUAUUAUGAAUUUCAUUGGGGGAAAGUUGGCAUGAAGCUUCCAUCCUUAAAAGUUUUUAAAGCGAUUUCUGUUAGAAGUAAAAAAUUCACAGCCCUCUUUGGUUGCCUGUUUCCAGACCUUUCAAGAACGUGACAGAAUAUGAUGGGCAAGAUGCAUGCCGCUCUAACAGCUGGAACCUGGUUGAUGUGGACCUUCCUCAAAAUAAAGAAGACAAUCCGGGGAUUUUGCUACAGGCGCUUAAACCAUGGACUCAGUAUGCCAUUUACGUCAAGGCUGUCAUGCUCACUAUGAUGGAGAAUUACCAUGCUCAUGGAGCAAAGAGUGAGAUCGUCUACAUCCGAACGAAAGCUGCAGGUAAAACAAAAACCCAAAAUAUUAUGUCCAGUAUUAGUCAUAUUCAGACAUUUUCAAAAUUCAUGGAGGUGUCUUAACUCCAUUAACUUUCAGAGGGUUUAUUGUGAGUAAAACUCUGUUGAAUACAACUGCGUGACAGCACUUGGUCCCGAUAAAUUACUUUGCGCUUUCGAAAGAUGGUAUUGCUUUGACAGAGAGGGCUGUGUGCUUGGAAAACCAAUCCACAGUGCCAUCAGUGGAUAAUAUAAACUAACAAUAAAUCUCAAGUGUUUCGGCUUAAUUAGGCUUUGGCUGCAAAACAUAGAUACUAGGAUGCAACUCAGAUUUUGUCCUGCUGUGUCCCAGUGGGAUUUGCUUAUGAGUAAAUGUGCAUAGUAGCAUCAGGCUAUUAGUCAGUACUCUGCGAUUUAUAUUGGAAGGGGAGGUGUUGCACAGGUUUUCCAGCAGAUGGCCAGAAGAUACGGUUUGUUGGUUUUUGCAACAUCUCAUCCAAGCUUUGUUUAAUUCAAAGAUCCAGGGAUUUUUGAUAUGAAAAUGCAAAAACAAGGAGCAAAAAUAGUCACUGUUGAAUUUUAGAAUUAGCUGCUUUAAUGUGGCUUACCAGUACGAAGGCUGAAUGCUACCAGGGCUACAGUUUUUUCAGAAGUAAAUACAUUGCAGAAUCAAAGGCUCUGGCCAGUUCAUUCACACAUAUGCAUAAUUUGGUGACCUUCUGUUGAACCUACAUUGAAGUUCUGUAGAAGUUUGACCUGUGAUGGCCAAGUCAGGACUUGGUGCUACAGUCAAUGGGUGAUGAAUGAGCCUUCUCCUUAGAUUGUUAUUUUUUAUUUUAUUAAUUAAUUUUUUUCAGUACUUGGUAUAGAUAUGGCAUGCAACAUCACAAACUCUCACAACUGAGACUGAAUACACAACAUAAGGUAAAAUAAAUGAGGCAUAGGUUAUAUUAUUAUAAAACCAGUGACUAGAAAUGCUUAGGAAUUACAUCUGAGCAUGAGGGCCUUUUCAAAAUUGUAGUAAGUGCAGUGGUACCUUGGGUUGCAUAUGCUUCAGGUUACAUACACUUCAGGUUACAGACUCUGCUAACCCAGAAAUAUUACCUCGGAUUAAGAACUUUGCUUCAGGAUGAGAACAGAAAUUGUGCUCCGGCAGCAGCAGGAGGCCCCAUUAGCUAAAGUAGUGCUUCAGGUUAAGAACAGUUUCAGGUUAAGAACGGCCCUCCGGAAUGAAUUAAGUACUUAACCUGAGGUACCACUGUAAUUUACCCUCUUGUUUAUUAACAUAAACAAUGAAAGGUGUUGCAGGUAAUGGAGAAAGAUUUCUGCAUUUUGGCUUCUCUGGCCUGUCUGUUGCGCUCUCUCAAUUUCUCUGUCACAGCCAAUCUGCAGAUUCUGCUCCAGCAACCUCUUAGACUAAAAUGUCUGUGGUACGUCCAGUGCUGAGCAGCUUCCGUAAGUGCAAUUACAAGUAAGAAAACAAUUCACUCUUUAUAUUGCACGUUUCACAUUGUAUCAGGCAAUAUUGACAAUAAAGCUAGUCCAGGGUGCAUUGAAAAAAGUUGUUGCACUAUAGCUGAGACUUGCUGAAGAACUCCUCACAACACUUGUAUGACUGGACAGUCCCACCACAUGUGGAAAUAACCCACCAACCUUUGCAACCCUCAAUAUUGUUCAACUUGGCCAAUGUAAAAUACCAUUAGGUUAAUUCAGCAUAGCUUCCCUAGUUUGGAAUGAUACAUUUUUUAAGGAGAUAUAUGCCAUAUAUCAUUCCAUACAUUCUAUGCUAUCAGGCCCAAGCUUCCCUAAGACUUGUUGGUGUGGUCCUUAGAUUUCUGAUGCCUCUGUGAUUCCUGAAUUCUGGUUGAGAUGAGGAUGCAGUAGCAGUGCUUGUCCCAUUCAAAUAAUAAGAGGUUGUGUUGGCUAGGUGAUGGGAAAGUGCUACACAGCUGUACCUUGGAAGUCAAAUGGAAUCCGUGCUGGAAGUCCGUUCGACUUCCAAAACGUUCGAAAACCAAAGUGCAACUUUGGAAGCGGCGGAAGCCCCGUCGGAUGUUCAGCUUCCAAAAAUAGUUCGCAAAACGUAACAGGGUUUGCGGUGUUUGGGAGCCAAAACGUUCGAGAACUAAGCUGUUUGAAAACCAAGGUACGACUGUAUUUGUGGGACCAGCUAUGGUGAGGUUGGGGAAAGUUUAGUGCUGAAAGAGGGAAGCAAGGAGUCAUACUAGCUGCCCCAUGCAGCUAGGUCUCCAGUGACAACAGAUUUUGCUGUUUCGUGCGCAGGGGCUGUUUUGCUUGUUAGCACAUCAGGCAGCUCCUGCAGACCAGUGAUGGCUUUAACUAUACAACGCCUCUCCACCUUGGCCUUGCCAGAACUUAAUUGUAUCCAAUACAGGGCUGUGUGUGGAGAGGUGAUAAUUGUCCGAUUAAUCAAACACAGAUAAAUGCCCAACAGCAUUUAAUCAUCUUGAACGAAGUCUCUCUUAAUUGAAAAUGGAAAUUGUAUCUGAUUCAGUGCGGAAACGGGAUUGAUUCUGGUUCUGCUGCAGACAGGGAUCUUUGGGGGGGCGGUAUGCAUGCCAUUCUCUGCAACAUACACUUUUUGUGAUAAAAAUAAGUCUCAUUUCUCCUGAAACAGGGUGUCUGAUGCUUUGAAGUUCUGUGCGGUUCCUCUUUAAACUCCCCAUUCCCUCCCAGGCCAGCCGGAAUUAAAUAUGUUACGGUUAUUUGCAUUACUAGAGUCCUGAAUGUGUUUAUUUUUAGCUCAGAAUCUCAUGUAUUAAGAACGAGAGUAUGCACAUCCCUGACCAUAUUUAAGGUAGCACAAAUUAUUAUAUUUGUUGUAAAUUCUCUAAUUUCCAUUCUUCCUUGGAAAGCUAAGAGUGUGCACAAGGAUUUCCCAGUGGUCUCUAAUCCAGGUACAGAGCUUCACCAAUUCUAUAGCGCUGGGUACACCUAGACCAUUUACUGGGCUAAUCUGCUUAGUUGGCUAUGCCUUGAUGUCAUUGGUUUUUUUAAACUUCCCUCCUUCAAAGAACCCUUUGCACGUCAGGAAUUCCUGUGCGUUGCAGAGGGAAUGGCGUAGCAUUCUCCGGAGCCUCCUAAGGUGCAUGCUGUGUUCAUAUGGGGCACUGAUUAGACCUCUCAGGCCCUCCCCAUUGUCCCAUGUGAACCGAGAGUGCAUCCCAGUGCAUAGUCAAGCCCCUUUUGUGGGCUGCGUGUUGCUGGAGGGGGCAGUUGUGACAGGGAGAGAAGCCAGAGGCUGCCUUUCAGAGAAGCUUCUCUGACAUAACUGAUCUUCUAAUUAAGGAACAUUGAUUAUGCUCCCGAGGAACCACAGGUUCCUUUAACGAGUGUCAGGUUCAUUUGGGGGCAUAUGAACCUGUGUUGCUUUGGAACAGCCUUUGCUGACCUUUUUAAGCAUAGGAACACAACUGCCACAAUAUCCAUUUCACCGGGGGGUGGGGGGAAUUGGUUAUGCUCAGAACUACCUCCACCCCACAAAAAAGAGGCAACCCUCCCCAUAAAAUAGAUAUAAUCAGGAUUACCCCCCCCUCAAGCAAGCAACCCCCACCUAGUAAAAAAAAAAAGCCAAACUCCUCAAUUUUAAACAGAAUCUUAAAAUUACGGGGCAGGAGGUGUUGGCAGGCAUUUCCAUUCCAUUGUUUUGCAUUCAUUGUACAGUGGUGCCCCACAAGACGAAUGCCUCGCAAGACGAAAAACUCGCUAGACGAAAGGGUUUUGCGUUUUUUGAGUCGUUCCGCAAGACGAAUUUCCCUAUGGGCUUGCUUCGAGUUCUUGCGAGUUUGUUUCCUUUUUCUUAAAGCCGCUAAGCCGUUAAUAGCCGCUAAGCCGUUAAUAGCCGCUAAUAGCCGUGCUUCGCAAGACGAAAAAACCGCAAGACGAAGAGACUCGCGGAACGGAUUAAUUUCGUCUUGCGAGGCACCACUGUACACCACUUAGAGACAAUUGUAAUGGACCAGUACAUUAAUAGUCUAAACCCAUAAUUAAUAAAUAAGGAUGUGCAUUUUGGGUGCCAGGAUGUUCUGUAUUUGUACUUUAGCUCUGGUGAAUGAGCCAAGGAUAUUAUUUUAUUAUUAUUUAUUAAAUUUGUAUAUCGCCCUAUACCUGUAGAUCUGAAAGCGGUUCACAACAUAUCCUGCAUGGAGAACGUUAACAAUGGUUUUCUUUUCUGUAAAUAUAAUCUCGUUCUGUUUCAGACUUUAGGAGGUGAUAAUCACCUUGCAGGAAUUCUAAUUUUCUUCAUUUCUUAUGCCCCCCCCCAGUACCAUCUGUUCCUCUGGACGUCAUUUCAGCUUCCAAUUCUUCCUCUCAGCUGAUUGUGAAAUGGAACCCACCCACUUUCCCCAAUGGCAACCUCUCCUACUACAUUGUGCGGUGGCAACAGCAACCUCAGGAUAGUUACCUUUAUAGGCACAACUACUGCUCCAAAGGUGAGACCAAGGUUGAAAUGCCUUUACACAAUUUCAGGGUUCCUCCUCAUCUUAGCACUUUGAAAAUUCCUAAGAUUGCAAAGAGCAAGGCGGGGAAAUCUUUUGCCAUCGCCACCCCAAGUUGUGGGGUUACAACUCCCAACAGUCUUGAAUGUUGGCUUUGCUACCUGCAGUCAAUGUGCUAUACAGUUCAGCAACACCUUGUUUGCUGAAUUAUAUCUCCCUUGGUUCAUUGUGGGGUCAAUAGCAGAUGUAGUUCAACAACAUACGGUCUUUUAGGGAAGGACCAUAGCUCAGUGGUAGAGCAUCUGCUUUGCAUACAGAAGGUCCUAGGUUCAGCCUCCAUCAUCUCUGGGUAGGACUGGGAGAGACUUCUGUCUGGGGCUGAUGCGAAUUGGAGUUCACCAACUUAGGGAGAGUACCAGGCUGGGGAAAGGCUGGUUUAGCUUUUCACAAAAUCGGCUGCAGGUCAUCAAGGUGUUGUCUACACAUGCAGUAGAGUGAAGUAGCAGAAUGGGCUGUACCGCUCCUUCGUCCUACAGCUGGUAGGUACUGUUUUUUGAGUAUUCCUCCAUAUUACAAACAAAAGGAAUCUCCUUGCAAGUUUAAAAAAUGGAACGAAAAUUCUAGCACCCUAGAGAAAUUCUAGUUCUCAUUUCAGGGAUGCCUCCAUACUGCCAGUAUUUCAUUUUUUUAAAAAAAGAUAUUUAUUAAAAUUUUCAAAAUAUUACAAAAUGAAAAAAGAAAAAAGAAAAAUACAAAAUAAAAGUAGUUAAAAACAACUCAAUCUUUCCGUUACUUAUCUUUCAUUUGCUUGUUUCCCGGACCUCCUCGCGCCUCCCUUUUUUGUAUUCCAAUUCAGUUUGUUAGUUCAGCAAAUCCUUCCCCCAUACUGCCAGUAUUUCAUGGGAGUGAUUGAGUAGCAUACCAGAAUUUUAGGUUUGUGCAUUUAAAGUGGAUUAAAGUUCUCUGACAUCUUAGUACAACAAAUCCCCUUAAAAAAGAGAACAUGGAAUUUUUGCAGUUUGGAAAGUGGCAGAGAAAUGUAUUGAAAAGUGUAAAUAUCCCACAAGCAAAUCAAGAUGAAUGUGGGAUGAAUGCUUUCUCUGGGUCUCUCUGUAGAAGCUGCUGCCAAAUUGGGUUAUUAUCAAACAUUUCUUCCUAUUUGUUUACAGGGCAGUUAAAUGUCAAAAAAAAAAAAAAAAAGAGAGAGACUUCUACUCACCAUGAAUGGGAAUUCUGAAUCUCAUAGAAGCUGCUGCCAAACUGUGUUAUACUGCCAUCCGGCAGUCAACAGGCAAAAUAAAUUUUAAAAUACAAAUAAUUCCUAUGUAGCUCCUCCCUGUAACUUCUGGAGCCAGUUUCUCUUUUGCGUGCAUCAAAAGCAGUCGUGUAAGACUCCUGGCUCCAUCAUCAAAUUUCAAACAUUAUCCCUGAUUGCUUCUCCCUUUCACCUUUGUUUGCCUUCCUUAGAGCCCCUUCUGGCUGCCCCCCCUUCUCUUUUUUACUCAUAACUUUGUUAGUUAGCUCCAGUGUGGCUUUCCUCCAAAGCAAUUUUCCUGCUCUGCUUUUAAGCGUCCAGACCCAUUUUUACUUUCAUUUUCCACUGGACCUAGAUGAGUCUUCCCUCUCCUCUGCUUGUCACUGCCUCCCACCUUGCCUUAAGCCUAUUGAUCUGUGCUCUCGGCCCGUCUUGUCCCUGCUCAUAGCAGCCUCUCAGCUCUGCUUAAGCCUUAGCCCACGGGCAAGUGGGGGGCGGGGGCGGCGGCAGAGAAUUCAGUCUCUCAGCUAUGCUUAAGCCUUAGCCUACAGGCAAGGGAAAAAUAAAAAAGAAUUCACUUUAAAUAUGUGCAAGGCCUUAAAGAAAUCAUCCACCUCAUGCAGGGAGCUAAUGACUGCUACACUGCAAUUUUCUUCCUUACAGGCUAAGGACCCAGCCUCUGUGAGCACAACUUAAUGAUGACACCCCCCCUACUCUGUUGACUGCAUCAGUCUUCAACCAUCCUUUCUGCUUCUCAGCCUUGAUGCCAGCUUUUCCCCUCCCUAAGGGUGCUCUACAAUGAAUGCCUUAGAUCCAGAGAGGGUAUGCAAGUAGUUUCCCCCUGGCUGCUUUCAAUCUUGCCACCCAAGGAGGCACUGUAAGUCGAAGACCAGCAGCUGGCAUGACCCCCUGCUCCUAUGGACAUGCACUCAAUCAGAAGGGCAAGGAGGCAGAAGAGUUUUCUUGGGGCAAGAGGAAACCCCAACUCAGCCUACUUGCUGCUCCCCUCUGCAAGUGUUUGGAGAGCUCCCCCUCUCUCCUGGGCGGUCCUCUAGAAAUCCCACAGAAGCUCCUACAGUUUUGGUUUAGCAGCGCAUAGCUCCCUCGCAAAAACUAUUCCCUCUGGCAGCAGAAUCUUCUGCCCUUGGCACACAGCUCCAGACUCCAGCUAUGCCUGAUCUGCAGCCAGAGUUAUUGCACUGGCUUUGCUGGUAGAUCUGGCCAGAAAUGCAGUUAUGCCUUCCUCCUCUCUUCAACCUUAGGUCACUUUCAAUCCUUCUAGUUCUGCUCCUCCUCCUACACACCAGGCCAAAAGAUGGUCUAGAGUGUGACCUUCCCGUAGGGUUCCUCAGUCCCUCCCAUGGGGCUCUUCUUCUCCCAAAGAUCAGGAAUCAGAGCAUCUCUCCUUGAGUGAAGAGGGUGUCAAUUGGAGUGGUGAAUUAGAAGUGGAGGAGUCAGAAUCUGAUAGAUGAUUUCAGGACCCCCAUUACUUCAUGCUUCUAGGCAAGGCUUCCUCAUUGAUCUUCCUGCAGCCACUUCUACUUCUGCUGACAAGGUGAUCACAGCGGCCCCUGAUCCUAAGCCUAAGUCCAGGAUGAAAAAGCUUUCUGCAGUGGCUCCAAAAAUUAUCCAGUUAGAUUUUGACAUGCUCUGGCAGGGGAUCUCAGUCCCUCCCAAGGGGCUGUGCUUCCCCUGAAGACCAACAUUUAGAUCCUCAGAUGAUGGAUCCAGAUGGUGAUGAAUGGAGUGGACAAUAUGAAGUAGUAGAAUCAGACUCCUACCAUCUGCUUCAAGACUUAGCAGUGUGCCCUGACCCCACACCAAAGUCCAGGAAUGUCUUGUGACCACUAACACUCCCUGCCAGGGAAGAUGAGGGGUUACAUCAGGUUCUGGGGGAUUCUGCUAGAAUUUCUCCAGGAGUAAGUUUCAACUCCGAUCUCCUGCAAUACAUUGAAGAAUCUUUCCUGGGAACUUCAGCAAAGGAUGCAGUCCUGCCACAGGGCACUUCCUAGCCGGCUGCUUCAUGAUCUCCAAACCAACCUAAUGUUACUCCAACAGUCCCCCGUUGAUGCGGGAUAGGGGCUCUUAAGUCCCAGCUUCCCUUGGAGAUCAAGACACAGUGUGCUGGCAGUUGAUGACAAAUGGAGUUACAAGUCUGAUAUUGAGGAAUCAGAAUCCUAUAAGCUUUUGUCUAUAUGCCUAAUACCUUCCACUGUUGUGUAAAUCCAUGGUAGCUAAGUAGGAAUUCUUUGUGUUUAUAAACGUAACUUGCUAUUUUACCUGUUGACCUCUGGAUAGCAGUAUAACAGAGUUUGGCAGCAGCUUCCACGAGACGCAGAAAUCCCAUUCAUGGUGAGUAGAAUGGUCUUUUUUGCCAUGUAACAGCCCUGCAAACAAAUUGGAGCAAACAUUGGAUAAAAACUAAAUAUAAUUUAACCUCGCUCUAAGCCCUGAGCUUCUCCAUCCAUGAUGCAGACAACACUGAGCUAAGUUAUAAGUCUAACUGUAUAAGGCUGUUUUCCCAAGUGUCGCCAUCCAUGCCUUUUUUGGGGGGGGGGAUUUUCUUGCCUGUUUGCAACUGUUCUACUGCCCCCUCUUCACUCAAAACCCUUCCAUUGGGACUUGUACCACUUUAAGGGGAAUAGAGAGGCAGUAGACCUUUGCAUUUCCUACAUUUGGAGCUGCUUUAAGCAGGCUGUCAUGGGCCAUUCUUUCUCAUCUUCAGCUUCUGAUUUCUUCGCACGUCUCUCUUUUUUUAAAGAUAAAGUCCCAAUUCGGAGAUACGCCGACGGCACCAUCGAUACCGAGGAAGCAACUGAACCUACCAAACCUGAGGGUUCUGGGGGAGAAAGGGGACCUUGUUGCUCCUGCCCAAAGACAGAGGCAGAGAAGCAGGCAGAGAAGGAGGAGGCAGAAUACCGAAAAGUCUUUGAGAAUUUUCUACAUAAUGCCAUCUUUUUGCCCAGGUGAGGGGGUCCAUUUCCAACACUCGACGGGGUUCAUUUCUUUUUAAAAACUUUUAAACGAGCAGCCUUACACCCAGCAUUGCUUAGGAAAUCUGUGAAAUGGGUAAAUUGUGCACUAUUGAAAUUGGUGGUUAAAAUCAGCGAAUGCAGUGUCGGACAGUUAUGUCUGACAUCCUGAUUCAAUAUGGCAUCUGUUUGUAACCACAAAAUACACAAAAACUUUCCUUGAUCUCAAGAACCUUCACGCAGAAAAUGUUGCAGAAUCUUUAAGAGGUUUCCAAAUGCAUAGUGAAUGAACAACUUUCCAGAAUAUAUAACCGAUAACUUUUUGUUUUGUAUUUUCGAUUGAUUUCUCUCCCUGCCGCCAGCUAGUAAUAUCGAAAACCCCUUUCCUACAUGCUAGUAACAAAAAUAAGUGCAGUUACCUUGAGCCUUGUAGGGUAUGUGCCCCAUGUUCAAAAGCCAUUUUGUUUCAUCAAAAUUUAUACUUUGGGGCAGUUUACACAGGAUUUAAAUGGCAAGAUUGCAUUUUUAAAAAUGACCAUCAGAAAACAUCAUUAAGUCAAUCAAAUAAUGAAGAUUUUUAAGUGCCUGAGUGAAUAAUAAUAAUAAUGAAGUUUUAGCCUGGUACAUCAAAGAUGACUCUCUUGGUGCCAGGAGGGCCUUCUUGGGGUGUGUAUUCCAUAGUUGGGGCAUAGAGUACAGGCAGCUUGGUUUAAGAGUAGGUGCUCAAUUGUAUAACUGGGUCCCAAGCCAUUCAAGGUGAACACCAAUCUCUUUGCAUUGGGGUUUGGAAGCAGAUAACUGCUCAGUAUUGUUAUCUAUUAUUUUGUUGUUUUUACAUUUGUUACUCGCUUUAUGGGGGGGAGCCUCAAAGCAACUUAACAAGACAAAUAACAAAGAGAAACAAAAAUAAAUAAAACCAUGUACAAUACAAAAAUUCCUAAGAUGCUCAUUCCAGUAACACAACGAAAAUGAGAAUUCCUACCCCGCCUCACUGCAAGAUCACAUUGUUUCCUUUGGGAUACUAUGCAACCCAAGUCUGUCUUCAAUUAUUCCCCCCCCCCCGCCCCCAUGCAAGAGAGGGUGGUAAACUUUCCCUACCAUAUUCACCUUUUUACACACUAAAGAGCCACUGCUGGUUAUUUCCUUUGGCCAUCACAUUGGACGGCUUUUUGCAGGGGUUACUGAACCUUUGUAGAGAGUUCCACAGCUUUGGAUUUCCAUAUGGUUGCCUUCAGAAUAGUCUUAACAUGGCGCAUUUCCAACAUGGUGCCUUGCAGAUACUGUUGGACUCCACUCCAGCUCCCAUUAGCCCCAUCCAGCAAGGCCAGUGGGUCAGGGAUUAUGGAAUUUGUAGUCUAGUGCCAGCCAGAGGGCACCAUGCUAGCUACUCCUGGCCUUACAGAUGCCUAGGUGACCUGGCAAAUGGCUUGCCUUUCUUUUACCUAGAUUUGAAAAGCAGCAUUUCCCAGUAGCAUUGCUGGAGAUAGCAUUUGCUUCUAGACUUGGGUAGCAAAACUUGAUACUAAAAUCUGGUUUCUGGAAAAGCCUGUUUCUCCUGCAUAUCAAAAGGCUCAGAUGGAACUGAUAGUGGCAUAUGGUUGCUGAUAAGUGCAUGUUUUCCUGGUUGUGUGAAGUUUAUACUUUCUAUAUGCCCCAUUUUUUCUUCUCUCUCCGGCUUUUUCCUCUCAUUCCUCUGGGCCAUUCACUGCUGUCAUUCCUUGCCCUUCUGAGUUAUCUAAGGAACAGACUAACUAAUUUAGCCAAUGGCAACCAGGGAAACUUCUGCCUGGCUCUGCCUUUCACAGCCAUCAGCUUAGUUCCGAUAGUCACUGCUCAAAGCUUUCUCCUGCCAUGGCAUCCUUGUGCUAAUCAAAUAUAGAUUUCUUAUUUCAGCUGGUAGUUAAUUUUGAAAUUGUACGAGUAAUGCAUUGGUGGGGGCAGGGGAAGCAACAGAAUGCCGUGAGCAUCUUGACCCUAGAAGAAAUGGUAGCAAAUGAUCAAGUAUUGUGACAGUCUCUAGAUUGCAGUUUUGGGUUGUGGGAGGAAGCAAGUGGGAACGAUUUGCUAGCAUGAGCCUUGACUGUUUCUGCAUAUUUUCCUCCUCUUUGCUCAGCUUGUGUUCAUAAUUGGUGCAUUUUUCUUUUCAAUGCUAGAAGAACUUUAGCAGUUGAGAUGCAACUGCUAAGUCACUUGUACUUGUAAGUCACUGAGCAGUUAAAGUGACUUAAGAGCCCAGGAUGUCAGGGAACUGUGAGAUUAGGAACUGGGUGAGAUUGCUCCCUCUAAGCGACUUGUUACUUGCACAUGUCUGUCUGUCUGUCUCCCACCUCCUCUGUUUGCCUUUUCUUCAUUGCUGUCUCCCGUGGGAGAGAGCAAUUUGUUUGUCAGCACAGUCCCUAUUAGACUGGUGCAGUACGUUUCCAGCCUCCUGCUGGUGCAAAAGCACCAAAGAUGCCAAAUAAAAGGGUUGUGUUCUUUUAAACACAUCACCAGUUAGGUCUAGUCCCAGCUAUUUUAUUUACUACUUUUUAAAUUCAUAUCCUGCCCUUCCUCUCAAAGGAGACUCUGGUGGCAAUCUAAGCUAUCCAAGGCAGGUUAUCCUAAGACCUUAAAGAAGGCUGGUCAUGCAGUUACGGAGCAUCUGCUUUGAACACAGAAGUUCCCAGGUUCAAUCCUUAAGUACCACUUGAUCCCUUACAAUUGCCUUGAUCACCGAGAACCUCUAAUGGGGCAUUUCUUAUGGUUUCUCAUGCCUCUGAGGGUCGGUUGGCCUUUAAUAGAGACCGAGUCUUUAGCGUGGGCAAGCCCUGACCUAGCAGAGGUUUGGCUGGAAUCAUUCCUGCCUUUUAAAAAGCAUCUUCUAAAAACUGUGUUAUUCAAACAGGCCUUUGUUAUUUGAAUUUCUGUUUACAAGCCACUGUGUUUUUAUUUAUGUUUUUAUUCUUACUGUAGUUUUGUGUGGUGUAUACCACCUUGUAUGUUUUUUAAAAGUGUGAUUUCUAAAUAUUUAUAUAAAAUCUCAGGCAUCUCCAGGUAGGGCUGGGGGAAAACUCUCUGGCUGAAGCCCUGGAGGGCCCUUAUGGUUGCUUAGAGACUUACACUUUGAGCCAGGAAGGAUGAACACCCACCACCUAUUGCAUAGUGGUCUGAAGAUCUCACUUCCCUGGCUACAUUUGAGCAUAUUUCUUAUAGAUGAAAUGUCAGUCUGGGGAUACCUCUUUGGACAGCUGGAGGUCUUACAUUAACUUAAUACAUUUCUUGUAGGUUGGAUGUACUGAUGUAAUUGUAUCGAUGUGAGCUGCUGGUGUUUUAUUAGUAUUAGUAUUAUUAAUGUAUUGGUUAUUUUUCUUCCUUUUCUUAUUCUUUUGUUGUUGUUCUUUCUACUUUGUUUAAUUUGCAAAUAAAAAAAUUAACCAAAAAGGAAGAGCAGCUGCCAGCCAGUGCAGGCAAUAAUUGAGCUAGAUAUGGAGCAAAGGUCUGGCCAGUGCUUUCUUGCAAGCAUGCAGUGAUGGGAUCUGCCUCUUUCCUUGAUGGUUGCUUGUCCUAUUGCUGAACUUUCCAUGGAGUUUGAAACGAUUCUGUUUUCCCACAGUGUUUUCUAUAUCAUUUCUGCCCUCAGCUGCCUCCUUUCUGUUUCUCUUCCCUGUGAAAUGUGUUUUAUUGGGCUUGGAUGAAUCACCAAUGUGAAAUUUAACUCGGGAGAGACAACACCUAUAAACAGAGAGUUCUGUUGAAUGGGACGUCAUGCAAGCUUUGGACAUCUGUCAUUCUUUAACCAUCCUAAUGGUUCUCAUUAUUUUCUCUCAAAACAUUGUGACUUCUGGCUGCAAACGGGGUCUCUUAAAUUUGCUUUCCUCCUUAUAAAAGAGGGAUGCUAAUCUCACUUUCACUGACUUCUCUUGUUGCUCUGUCCAGGCCUGACCGGAAGCGCAGGGAUCUGUCGCCUGUUGCAAACACGACCUUUGCUCACAAGAACAGGACUGCCACAGCCCCAGAGCACUUUGCCAAUGAAUCGGAUGCUGAGGAGGCCGAGAUGGAGUUUCCCUUCUUUGAAAGCAAAGUGGAAGGCCGGGAGCGGACACUUAUCUCCCACCUCUUGCCUUUCACGCUCUACCGUAUUGACAUCCACAGCUGCAAUCAUGAAGCUGCAAAUCUCGGCUGUAGUGCCUCAAACUUUGUUUUUGCAAGAACCAUGCCUGCAGGUACAUUUUUGAAACCUGGCUUAAAUUCUCUCCUUCCUUCCUUAAUCAUAAUAAAAAGAACAAUUCCAUCUUUAUCUCUGCAUUCAAAGCAUCUUACAAAAAACCCACAAAAACUUGGCACAAAGUUUUAAUCUCAGACUCGCUUUCAAAAGGCAGUUUUAACUCCCUGUGUUGAAAUCAACCUGGAAGGAGCAUAGCUCAGUGUAGAACAACUGUUUUGCAUGCAGAUGGCCCCCAAGUUCAAUCCCUGGCAUCUCCAGGUAGGGCUGGUUGAAGACCAAUGGUCUACACUGACUGGCAGACACUCUACAGGGUUUCAGGCAGGGGUCUCUCCUAGCCUGGGAUAGACCCCUGCCUGACACGCUGUAGAGCAAUGGUUCCCAAUUAGCUAUCCUGGGACUCCUGGGGGUCCGCAGAACACACCCAGGGGGUCCAUGGCCCCAUCUCUUGUGUCCCCUCCAACUAAAUAUUUGGCAUUUUUGCAUGGUAAUACCAAAAAUUUUAUGGUCUGUUUUAGUGCUGUGCAAUUUUUCAAUAUACUGGCCCAAAAUCACACCGUGAUAACAAUUUUGACCCAGCAAUACAUCGCUUCUCGUGUCAGGGAGAGCAAGGCUGCUGAUUUCAUGGCACUGCCAAUAUCGCACAGUGAUCUCUGCUGGUAACGCUGCUAAUCCAAGUUGCCUUCCCUGAGGGAGUCGAUAACGCUGCAGCCUUCCCUCAUGUUGAGGGAAAACUGGGCAGCUGAUUGUGAGGUGCCACCUCCCCCUCACACUGAUGGAGAACAGGGCAGCUGAUUGCCCUUCAAGGCACCGUGGCACUACCUUCCCCUGGCACUGAGACAGAGCAGCUUUUCUCAGUCAACGGUAAAACAGCAGUAGCCACAGUGGACGUGCAUCUUCGCUGGCUGCCCUACUGACGGCAGCUUAAUGCCCGCCCCCCAUACCCAACUGAUAUAUCACAAUGUCAAAAACCAGAUAUCACUCAGCCCUAGUCUGUUCUUUAGUAUAUCUAAAAUCCUUUGCUUAUUAGGGACUACCCCACAUUUUGUUCAAAAAAUUGCUUUGUAGAGGUAACUACCAUAGAAAUAUCAAAAUUUUCAAAAGUAGGGGGUCUGUGGCUUGGCUUUUGAAAAAUAGGCGCUCUUUGAUAAUUAGCUGGCUGGGAACCACUGCUGUAGAGUGUCCAAACUUUUUCCAAAGAGGGCCAGAUUUGAUGAAGUGAACAGGCGUGAGGGCCGACCAAAGUUGUUUCGGAUUAGGCCCCCAAAACAGGCUUUGGACAUGCCUGGUGUAGACCAUUGGUCUUCAACUGGUGGGUUGGGAACCACUAGUGGGCCGUGGCCUAAUUCAGUGUGGGUCAUAGCAGGAGCACUACCAGCAGGCAAAUAUAUAGUAAAAAAUUAAGAAAUGGGUCCCCAAAUGCAUGUUGUGGGUCUGAUAAGGGUAUAGAUACCAGUUGCUGGAAGCCAUGCGGGAAAAGAGUGAUAUUGUGCUCAUGUCCUGCUUGCCAGUUUCCCUUAGGCAUCUGGCUGGCAUGACGCAACAGGCUCUCUUUAUGUUCUUAUGACUUUAGUGACACCACGGUAUGUUGUUUGCCUCAAAUCUUGACAUUGACUCUUACCCGCAUCUUUUCGCAGAAGGAGCUGAUAACAUUCCAGGGCCAGUAACGUGGGAAGGGAAGGAAGAAAACGUUAUAUACCUCAAGUGGCCAGAACCGGUUAGCCCCAAUGGGUUGAUCUUGAUGUACGAAAUCAAAUAUGGGCAAAAUGGAGAGGUAAGCGGGAUUAUAGGUCUUUUUCAUCCAACCCAAUUUACAAGGUUCUUGUGUUUAUAGACAAAGCCCUGAAAAACCAAGAUACCUUAAGGAUUGCCUAAGCACUUCUAUCCCAGCCCAGUCGCCAAGUUCAUCUGAAGAAGCUCUGCUAGUUGUCCUCCGGGUUACAGAGCCUCAAGUCUCAGUGUCCUGCAUGCACAAGCUGCAUUAAUAAAAACCAUUUUAACUGCUUUUCUCUCCCCCGCAAAAAAACUUCUGUAGGAGAAGCGGGAAUGUGUUUCAAGACAAGAAUACAAGAAACUUCGAGGAGCCAAACUGACACAUCUGAACCCUGGAAAUUAUUCUGUCCGAGUUCAAGCUACGUCACUGGCUGGGAACGGAUCCUGGACUGAGGCAAUCUCAUUCUAUGUGCAGCCCAAAAGUAAGGAUGUUUUCAUUGGUGGGGAGGGAAAUAACGGACACACUGGUUGUGUAACUGCUUUCCCCCCAAUAUUUCAUGUGUUCUUUAGAAUUAAGAUUCUGAAUUUUUUGCAGAAAAUGGGUGGUUGGAUAUUUAUCCCAGAUUGAUUUGAUUAGAAUGUCAGUGUUUCAAGGCAGAUACUGUAGAUGAAACAGCAGAUGAGCUGUGUCUUCUUUUUCUUUUUCUUUCCUCCGUGUGAGUUUCCUUGGGAGCAACAGCCAGCCACCCUUGGGGUUCCUCCAGAUGAUCUGCUUGUUGAACCUUAAUCCCGAUUUGAGCAUUCGUUCUGAUAACAUUUGCAAGGAAGUUAAAUUGAGCAUUUUCAAGGAGAUUAAAUGACAUUGUGCCAAAACAAGUGUUAUCCCACACUUUCCAGUGCCAUUUCCCAAUCACCUUCCUUUAUCAUAAAACCUCUGCUCUUUUUCAGGAAGCACAGGACCUCCAAAUCAGCUCUAACAGUGCAGCUUGAAUUUUUCUGAUAUGUAGUUGAGUCGUACCCCAAAAUACCAAUCAUCUGGAAGUGCUUUUGUAAAAAGAACGCUCUGUUAGGUGGCCCUGUGUUCUGUGUCUGUGUGUGAUUUUUAUAUUUCUAUAUAUAUAUUUAGAGAGAGAGAGAGAUAGUUUGCCCAGCAGGAGAGGUCUAACUAGCUAGUGCAUCAGUAGAGAUGCACACAUGAAUAAUCACCACCCUUUUAUUUACUUUCUUGUUUUGAUUGCUGCAGCACCGAAUUACGGGGGUUUCUUGCACCUGAUUAUUGUUCUACCCAUUGCUGUCAUUUUGAUCAUUGGAGGGCUGCUCAUCAUGCUGUAUGUCUGUAAUAAAAAGAGGUGAGGGUUGAUAUUUAUUUGUAUUAUUGCAUUUAUAUCACACUUUUUCCUCCAAGGAGCUCAAGGGGGCAUAUAUGAUUCUCCCUCUCCUCAUUUUAUCCUCACAACAACAUCCUCACAACAACACGACAGCCAGCAUGUAGUAAGUCAGAAAGUAACAUUGCCCCUUUCCUGAUAGAUUUUGUAGUCAGGCACAUUGGGUUGAACCUUGUCAUACUAGCCUAGACAAGGACAAAUAUAUUGUGUGUUCUUCACCUUGCUAUAAUUGAUUGACUCAAGCUGCUGCUGUUACUGUUGUUGUUAUUUUGUUCAGCUAACCCAGGUUCAAUAAGUCAGUCAUUGAGCAUAGGCAUAUUUGGGAAGUAACACAAUUGAUUCCCAACCUGCCAAAUGCUGCUGUUGGGGUGGGUGUGGGUGUGAAAAGCAAGUCACAAACCAGAACUCAAAGGUGAGAGGACCAGAAUAGAGUGAAAUGUUGAUCUCUCUCUCUUUAAAAAAAAUAUGUGUGUUGAAAUAAGGAACUUUCCUCUUGCAUUUUAACAGGAACAGCGACAGGCUUGGAAAUGGAGUGCUCUAUGCCUCUGUGAACCCAGAAUAUUUCAGCGCCUCAGAUGGUAAGUCAGGCCUUCCACUUCUGACUCCUUUUAAGACAGCAACAUCUUGGAAUAAAAGUGAAUGCUGAGUCUGAGGUGGAGUCACAAGAAGCUCUAUGUGAACCAGUUGUAAAGACAUUUACUGUCAUUCAGGCAAAGAAGAAGUUUGGGGGGCUGGGGAGAGGGGGUCUCAAGCUUUUUUUUUUUUAAAAGGUCAAGGUAGGUCAGAAAGUUCUUAAAGAAAACCUAAUAGUAUUUCUGUAUUGCAAUAGCAUGAAGUAUCAUAUCAGUGUACAGCAAUAAAACAUUAAACACUAAUAAAAACUAUACAAAUAAUCAUUUGAAGUGAACUUUAACAAUUCUUUAAAUUCUUGGUGAUGUUUCUUAAAACCACAGUGCAGGCCUCUUGUAUAUAUUGAUUUAUAUUUAUUUUUAAAUUUCUGUCCCACACUUCCUCCUAAAAGAGCCCAGGGAGGCAAACAACCCCCAAAUUGAAGGAUAUUUAAAAUACUUAAAAAACAGUAACAUAAAUACAUAGUUAAAAGAUUGCUGGGAACCGUAUCUUUCAGCUAUCAUAGUAACAUAGGAAGGUACCUUAUCCCAAAUCAGACCAUUGCUCCAUCUAGCUCAGUAUUGUUUAUGCUGCCUGGCAGAAGCCCUGCAAGAUUUUAAACAAAGCGCCUUCCCAGUCCUACCUAGAGAUUGAACCUGAGACCUUCUGCAUGAAAGGCAGAUCCUCUGCUGCUGAGCUAUGGUCCUUUCCUUCUCAAUUCUUUCUCAUCAUCUUUCUCAGCUACACUUAGCACUAGUUUUUAUUUGUAGUGAAACCUUUAACCUUUUGUUUUUUUCUUAAAUGCUAGGCUGUAGCUUUUUGAAGACUUGUCAGAGGUUGCACCUUCCAAUUGUAAGCUAGGAUUUAUAGCUCUUAAGUUGCAUCCUGGAGCAAUCCAGUCCAGCUUUCUGGCAUCCAAGAAAACAGGGAAAUGUUAAUGUUUUGGAGUUGAAAUCGUGACCUUGUUCUUGGAAGUUAGACCUGGAGUUUCAUGUGGCUUGUGUAUUUUUUUUUAAAUAAAAAAUAAUCUUCCUAUUCAGCCAAAAGAAGUUCCCCAAGUGACUUUCAAAUCACAAAAAUACGCAACAGUAACAGUCCCUCCCCUCAGGCUUACACUUUUAAAAAAUGAUACAAAAGGAAAAUGGAUUGGUAGGGAAGAGGAAAUAAGAAAACACAGGUGCGAAUUAUUAGUUACAAAGUUAGCUAAUCUCCAGCUAAGUGGAAAAUGUCCCUUCUCUUAAACCCCCCCCCCUUCUAGAGUGUGUUGUAACGGUGGCUGCCACGACAUCCCCACCCUUUGUUGAGAAAUACACGUUACAGCUUUUUAAUCACAUUAUUCUGCUCCCUUCUGUUGAAAUGCAUAGCGGAUGCUAAGCAAAGUGUCCUUACCCUCUUAAAAUAUGCUUUUGGAUUACACCUCUGCUGCAGAAUGCUCCCUUGCCAGGUACACCACAUGCUAAAGCUUGGGUCUGUGUCUUACUUCAGCAGUAGGCUCAUUUGUGCAUCCUUGGGCCUGAUGUUUUGGCUCAGGGUCAGUUUCCAAACUGUGAAAUGGGGGCAACGUUAUAGCAUGGCUAAACAACAUAAUGAUUACAAAGGACUGAAGCAGUAAGAUGACUGUUGAAAUAAAAGCAUGAAGUGCAGAACAUCCUAGUAUGCUUUAAUGGAAAAGGACGUUGCUUGCACUCUGUUUUUUGUUCUGUUUUGUUUUUUUAAUUAUGAUUGUCGUUUCAGUUCAAAGCUGCUUGUGAAACGGGUUCUCCUUGUGAUUUUUACAGUGUACGUUCCAGAUGAAUGGGAAGUACCCCGGGAAAAGAUUACCAUGUGCCGAGAAUUGGGGCAGGGCUCCUUUGGAAUGGUGUACGAAGGGAUAGCGAAAGGCGUAGUUAAAGACGAGCCAGAAACCAGGGUGGCCAUCAAAACAGUUAAUGAGUCAGCAAGCAUGCGAGAGCGGAUCGAGUUUCUGAACGAGGCUUCGGUGAUGAAGGAGUUCAACUGCCACCAUGUCGUAAGUUGCUGAAACACAUUAAAGCUUCUUCCACUCCACGCUAUCCCCCGUUCUCUUACUUAAAUCCUGGGAAAUGCUGCUUCAAACAGGAAAACAGCUAUUUGCUUGCCUGUGUGAUGCUUUUGUACAGAACCGGUAUAAAUGGAGUUCUGAAUCAGAAAAAAAGCUUCCUUCAUAGCUUUUGGGAUUAGUUUUCUCAAUGCUCUUCCCAGGUUCUUUUUGGGGCAGGGCGGCACUGCUUUAAAUUUAUGUUGAGUACGCAGCUAGGAGGAGGAUGCUGACAUCUGGUGCCACCCUCUGGACUGGCUGUAAGAAAGAAGGUGGGCAGGUGGAGGCUGCCUGGGGACAAGCUGAAGUUGGUGGGGCAGAGCCCCAUUCACUCUAGUGGCCUGGCCUCCACUGCUUAUGUUAUGUUAUUUCUAUCUGUCUCUCCUCCUCUUCCCCUUUUCCCAAGUGGAUGCAUCGUGUUUGGUUUGUGUGUGUGUGUGUAGUGAAAAGUCACACACUCACAAGUGCAGUACAGUACAUGAAAGUGCACACCUUUUAAUAAAACGCUGCCUCUGCAGGUGAAUAACCCAAGGCUUUCUUCUCUCAGGUGCGGCUGCUUGGAGUUGUUUCUCAAGGCCAGCCCACGCUGGUUAUCAUGGAACUUAUGACCCGUGGAGACUUGAAGAGUUACCUGCGGUCACUCCGACCAGGCACAGAGGUCAGUCCUGUGUUGAAAGGUUUGACUGCUUUUUUGCAGUCCAAGCAGUUGCCCCGGGGGCAGGGGCGAGGAGGCUGACCUGGGGAGGGGAAGAGAGAUAAUGAGGGACACUCGUCCCACAUGGACCUUAAAAUAGUUGGUGACUCCUCAUCUAACUGUUAGCAGUCUUAAUUAUGUUUAGAAAUGUGGUAGUUAUUUAGUUAUGAGCUAGUGGCGCUGUGGGUUAAACCACAGAUCCUAGGACUUGCCGAUCAGAAGGUCGGCGGUUCAAAUCCCCGUGACGGGGUGAACUCCCAUUGCUCGGUCCCUGCUCCUGCCAACCUAGCAGUUCAAAAGCACGUCAAAAUAUGCAAGUAGAUAAAUAGGUACCACUCUGGUGGGAAGGUAAACGGCGUUUCUGUGUGCUGCUCUGGUUCGCCAGAAGUGGCUUAGUCAUGUUGGCCACAUGGCCUGGAAGCUGUACACCGGCUCCCUCGGCCAAUAAAGCGAGAUGAGCGCCGCAACCCCAGAGUCGGUCACGACUGGACCUAAUGGUCAGGGGUCCCUUUACCUUUACCUAAGUAGAGUUAUAGCAUUGUUACAUUGUUGUAUUUAAAAAUAUGAACUUUCCAUCAUAUGGGGGGGGGAGAGCAUUCCAUCAUUUGAAAAUACAGAAUCACCAAAGGUUUGUUGUAAGAAACCCCACCAACCCCAGGUGUAGGUAUUCUUGCCUCUUCCACCUGAAGUGCCCUAACCAAAAAGGGUGUGUAACCCAUGUCCUUGUGCGUUUUUGGGGUGCUUCCAUAUUGCUGUAGCAGGUGAAGAGUCUGGCCUGUGAGCUGGGACAUCUCCCAGUUCAGAUACUGCCUUGACUAUGGCCUCCCUAGCAGCGAUGUGGGUGGUUUAUUUUCCUGUUUGAUAAGUUCCUUAGUAACAAUGAAAUGCCUACUGCAAAUGCAAUAGUAGCCAAGCUUGGCAGUUUUGAUGUUUUUAGCUGUGUUUAUUAAAUACAAGUAAAAUAAACAUGGUAUAAACUAGAUCACUCUCUGGGGCACUUUUCCUGACACAAACAGAAAAUGUUCUGAUUUAGAUUAACCAUGUGCAAAUUCCCCACUGGAAAUAGUUCCAAGUCUUAAAUUUUGUGGAAAACCCACAUCACUGCUCCCUAGCUAGGCAAACGGCAGUUAUCUUCUACAGAUGAUACGGGGAAGGAGGUUACAAUACUCUGUAGUAGACGGAUGUGCUCAGUUCCUAGAAAAAGGAAGUAAUUUGUAGAAGAAUAGAUGCAGUUGAGCUUCUUUGUUCAUUACUUUAUUUAGUUUCUUGCCCCGCUUUGCCGUAAGGUCCCAAAGCAGUUUAUGAGAAUAAAACAUACUGUGAUAAAACAAUUACAAAAUACCGGGACACACUCACACAAACAAUAAAAGUAAAAACAAUUAAAGAGAGUAUAUAAAAAUAAUAAUUCUGUUUAUAAAACAGUACAAACAUUUAAAAGCAAUUCCACAUUUUAAAAGAGUUAAAAUAGUUCUAUUAUAAGAUUAAAAGAACUAUUAUAGAAUAGUUCUAUACAUAUAAGACCCAUUCAGUCUUAUAUGUCUAUGCUCAAUAUGUGAGCAGUGUAUAGAGUACUUGUAUUUUUCUAGAAAUUUUCUGCUUUCCUCCUCAAACCUGUAAACUGCUGUCAUUUUGACCUUUUUGCCCAGAUUUGGACCCCAUGAGCCACCAUCCCUCUCAGAGAUUAUAGGUGGCAGUUGCUUGUUUCUUUAUGCCUGUCAUGUGCACCGCUAGACUGGCUGCUUUUCAGGCCUGAAUUAAACUUUCUGUGCCUACGCGUAACCCAGCGUGGGUCUUUGGUAGGCGCACAGAUAAGCUAAUUGCUCAUGUAUUAAAUGCUACAUGCUGUUACCCUUUUUGUUUUUGAUCUGAAUUAUGAAUGAGUGUUGCAACAAACACUAAUAUUUAGUCAUGCACCCAGCAUUUAGCAUUCAUGCUGGCAAUUAGAAGGCUUGCAGCCGCCCACAUGCUGUUUGCAUGGUCCAAAUAGGGUAGGCGAAAGCGGGAGCCCCUGAAAAUCAUAUUCUACUAAAAUGAGGGCUAGUGGUAUAUGCUCGGGUCUCCCUGUAGGCCCUUGCCUCAUUGCGGUCAGCCUCUGGAGUAGAUAAUUUACAGUUAAAGCAGUGGGAGCACCUCACAUUUGUGGAAGAGGACAAUUAAAAUGUGAUUGGAAAGCAAACUACAUUCCUUCCUUGAAAGGGAAAACGGGAUUACACAAAUUAAUGGAGGAAAGGCUCUCAGUGGCUGUGAGCCAUGGUGGCAAUGUUUUCCCUCCACUGUCAGAGGUGUUGAGAACAGAGAUCAUUCCACGUGCAACUUAAGGGUUAAUUCUGUUCGUGUUAAAAGGUAGGCAGGUGGAAAUAUUGCUUAGCAACCAGGGUCAGUUGGAUGAUAGUUGCUGCGGAAGUUUUUUCUCUGUAUGUUUGUUUGAUUGUCCCACUGCUAUGUACAGGAAUUGUCUAGUCUAUCCAAACUUGAGUAGGAUUGAACUCCUUGUACAGUAUUCCCUCCCACUCUAGAGGGCCAAAUUUGGUGCAUGGAACUGGCUGGAAUUCCUGAACAGGACUGAACUCCCUGUGCAUCAAUCCUGCUUUCUGCAGCCAUGUCUCUACUUGCCAGACACCUGACGUCACAUGUGACAUCAGCUCUAGAGCAGUUGGCCAUGGUUUCAAAGAAAUGGCUUGACGGGCCAAGUAGAGAGGCCUGGGUUUGCCACCUGUGUUUAACCUUUCUUUUGGAGUGGACGGAUGGCUAGAUGCAAAUAAAUGAAUCUGAACAGAUCCUAGCCAAACCAUUGAAAAUUUAGCAAGGAAGAAAGCAACAGCUUCUUAAACUCAUGUUAACAGUUGUCUUUCUUUCCCUUUUUGUUCAGAAUAACCCGGCUCAUAUUCCUCCAGCCCUAAAGAAGAUGAUUCAGAUGGCAGGCGAGAUUGCGGAUGGCAUGGCUUAUCUCAACGCCAACAAGUUUGUCCACAGAGAUCUCGCUGCAAGGAACUGUAUGGUGGCUGAGGACUUUACUGUGAAAAUUGGAGGUACCCCCCCCUUUUUUUUCAGUCCAAAGGUGAAAUACAAAAGAAAGAAGGAUCUUAGUUCUAGGUAGGGAAUUUGGAAGCCACAGGUCUGCAAUAGGUUUUUCCUGCUGCUUGUUAUCAUUAAAUUUAUUCCCCAUCCUUCACCAGCAGGUUCCAAGGCGGAUUACAACAAUUUAAAAUUCAGAAUUAAAAUCAGUUAAAGCAUACUACGUUUGCAAGAAUAGGAUGGGUCCUGAAAAUGCAUCUUCAGCAGCUACUUCUGUUUAGAGCUGUGCCUGUCACAUGUCUCGAGAACAACACUGGGCAAGUCUAUGUCUAGUGGAGAGCCAAGCACCCUGAGUGUCUUGGCUUUUAAGUUUUUAAGAAGAAAAUAAGCAAAAGCAAGUUUCUGGCCAUUUUGGGGGGCUGUGGAGUAGGCAGAGCUUGAAAAUGCUGUGGGCAGGGCUUUGUGAGAUCACUAGAGGCUGCUGGAGUAAAAUGUCCAGUUUUCACCAAGGUAGAAUUUUGGCUCCUCCUCCUCCCUCCUUAUGACUGCAGGUGAAAAAGGUGUUGUGGUGCAUCCUGUGAAUGCAAGGAAGCACAAAUAGAAACCUCCAGGGGAGCCACAACAGUGACCAAUCUGUUUGAUUCACUGGAGAAAUAAUACUUGUACACACUGCCUUUCCUCUAAGCAGGUCGAGGCAGUGUGCCACAUGGAUUUCUCCACUCUCAUUUUAUUCUUCCAAUAACUCUGUGACUUACAUUGCAUGUAUCGCCAAGUAGGGCUGGGAACCCCUGCUUCCUGAAACCCUGGAGAGCUGCUGCCAGUCAGUGUAGCCCGUAUUAAGCUAGAAGGACCCAAUGUUCUGACACCCCCCCCCCCCAGGUUUCAGUUGUUGGCAGCUUGAAUUGUUUAGAGGUAGUUCAUAAGGUUCUUCAGCUUUCAUGGCAAUGUGGUACUUUUGUUUUAUUUUUACUACUACUACUACUACUACUACUAUUAUUAUUAUUUUAACAACGUGUCCUGUUGUGUACCAUGUAGAUUUUGGCAUGACGAGAGAUAUCUACGAGACCGAUUACUAUCGCAAAGGUGGGAAGGGACUGCUGCCCGUCCGCUGGAUGUCCCCAGAAUCACUGAAGGAUGGCGUGUUCACGACAAACUCGGACGUCUGGUAAUAAUGAAUGUGUCUGGUGUUGUUUUUGCAACAUUCCCAGAACCCCUGCAACUUGAUUAUGGCUUGGAGAAAACACCACAUCAAGCUUUUGGACAACUCUGCUUUUUCCUGUUAUCUAUCCUAUUUGUAGACUCCUUGCUGCGGCCCCUGUGUAAUAUAGUCUCAAGGGUGCUACUUCCUCUGUUUUGGAACUUCUGUCAUGCCAAACCCCCAGUUUUAAACAUGUUUAAACAAAUACCUAUAUGGCUUUAAGGCUGGCUCGGUCCUGUAAUAUCCAUGCAGGGCUACUUAGCAGCUGCUGCAAAAGAAUUAGAGAGGAGAACUAGAGACAUUGCAAGAAAACACCAGGAUAUAUAUAUAUAUAUAUAUAUAUAUAUAUAUAUAUAUCGGCUUUGGAUUAAAUUCUUUGACAUAAUAGACUUAAAGCUGUAAAAUUAGAAGUUGUGUCAUUUUGUGUCUAUGCUGUUUUUCCCACAGCCCCAGAGAAGCAUUUUGAAACUCCACGCUUUGGCAGUCAUGCUUCUUACAUAGACGAGUGUAUUUUGGAAACCACUUGGCUUCCCAUUGCAGAAUUCUUGGGAAGGGAGAACCCGUUGCUCCCUUUGUAGCCCUGUCUUCUGGAAAAGCUAAUUUCAGAGCUAGGCUUACAUAGCUUUUAUUUCAGAUUCCACUGACGGAGUAAAAUAAGCACACUAUCAUCCAAGCCAGAAAUAGUGUUGCAGGGAGGGGUGUGCGUGAUUUGAAUCCAGAUCCCAGGGUAUUGAGAUUUUAGUUAGAACCCGGUGAGUUUCUGUUAGGAUGGAUUCCAGCAUCUGCAUUCAUGUGGAAGAGCCUCUUGUGCAGACACAAAAUUCCCAUGUAGUAUUUGGAGCAUAAAGUGUUACUUGCAAUACAAAAUCCAUGUGACUUUGGCAUAAACCUAGCCUCCUGUUUUGCAGAUAUUUUCUGCAGAUCAACACUGGGUUUGUACUUUUAAAUCAUGACAUAAUUUACACUUCAGGGAGGUGCAUGUGUAAAACCGGCAAAACACUCAAAGCAACUGACCCAAACAUCCACUGUUUGCACUUGUUUCUUCUUCCAAUACGAGAGAUUUAUUACCAGAUCAGAAAAGGUGUGUGCCCCAUAACUUGUGAAUGGUUUCCUGAGUGGUGGCUUUGGUAUAGGCGCAGUCUUCCAGAAGCCAUGACAUAUACUGGUUUAUCACAUGUAUAUUCCAAGCCAUAAAAGGUAGCCUUGUACCUCCAGUAGUCCACAGAAAGAAUGCCAUUGUGAUGUUGGGCCAUCAGUGAACACAUGGCUUGCUGUUUGCCCCCAUAAUAAAGCUGGAAUCCUUUGAUCUUUCCAUUUCCAUACCUCAGAGCAGCCUUUCAUUAUGUAUGUGGCUUUUUCAAGCCCUGCUCCAUUUCCUCCUCAGUUAGGCCCAAUUCCCAUACCUCUGGAAUUUCUCUGCUCUUGACUCCCUUUGUUGAGGUGAGAUAUUGUCCUUCGUUUGCAAGUCUGGGGUAGAGAAGGAGGUUACUUACUUAGUUGAUGAUGAUGUGAGCAAAAUACCCGAUCCCCUCUCCGAUGCUCACAUAAGCUCAGUGCACAAAAGUAGCCAAUUCAGUUUAAACUUCCAUUUGCUAGAAUGCCACCUAACUUUUAGGCUUUUCUUGUAGGUCUUUUGGUGUCGUCUUGUGGGAAAUAGCCACGUUAGCAGAGCAGCCUUACCAAGGCAUGUCCAACGAGCAAGUUCUUCGCUUCGUGAUGGAGGGCGGCCUUCUGGAGAAGCCAGACAACUGUCCUGAUAUGCUGUAUGUAUCGACCCAUCUUUAUCUGCCUUUCUCGUCUCACCUGACUGCCUUGACUCUGAUGCUAGCAAGCUGUCUGUGUCAUCAAGGCAGGCUGAAGGGGUAGUGGGGGAUAUGGAACUGAGCUACCGCAGAUUUGAGCAGAUUGUUUUUGCUGAGACCCAGUUGCCCAUGAAGAUCACUUUCCCAUUUACGCUGUUUCCCAUUAAGAAUUGCUGUCAAUGAAGCCAGAGCUGGGAAUUCUUAAGCGGCUAAUGCCAAACCUCUGUCCUACACAAUGUAUUGCAUGUAUUUCAUUGACUGUAACUCCAGUUGGGAAGGGCCAUAGCUCAGCAGUAGAGCUUAGCAUGCAGAAGGUCGCGGGUUUAAUCUCCAGCUAGAGUUGGGAGACAUACUGGCCUAAAACCCCAUAGAGCUGUUGCCAGUCAGUGCAUACAGUACUGAGCUAGGUGGACAAGUGGUCUGACUCCAUUUCAGCUUCCUAUGAGCCCAUGAUUCUUUCAAGUCAGGAAUCUUCACAACACUAAUGUUUCUUUUGGAAGAUUUUCCUCCCACCGGAAGCAGCUACAAUGGUUAGCCAGCUUUAGGCUGUUUCGUCUCAACCCCCAGCUUUUACACAAGCUGGUUUCAAGCCUGGUUCGCUUCUCUGUGAACUGGCUUUCUGGAAAAGAAAUGCUGCGCCUUGCUGUUUGCGAUUUUGUCGGAGGCCCACACAAGGGAUGCAAUAGCUUAGGGGGCCCCAGCUGCUUCAGAUUCUUGGGGAAAGAGCUUAUUUGGCCAGCGAACUCGGGAUGGUGUCCGGUGACAAUCCAGUGUUGUUUUGCUGCUUGCUCGCUCACUCGGGUUGGGCAAGAGGAAGAGCCUGUUGGAGGUUGCCAUGGAAGUGGAUUUCCCCCACCUUGCAUUCUUUCCCUUCCAGGAUGGGAAUCUCCAGCAGGCUCAAACGGCUUUGAAAUUAUGCUUGACAUUGUGGGAAUAGCUCAGCAAGGCGGGCGAGAGGAAGGGUGUGUGUGAUUGUGUGUGUUUUGGAGUUCUGCAGAGGAAAAGAAAUGUUUUCCCAUUUUCAUUUCCUUUGACGGGGACGACAACGGACAAAUAGAUGAGAAUAAUAGGGUGUUUUGUUUUGUUUUAAAAGCUCUGAAGUGUGUCGUCCCCCCCCCCGGCAUUAAGACUGAAAUAAUGUUGAGAGAAUUAUUUCACAUAUUUUUGUUUCCUUUGGGCAUUUCCAAGCUAUAUUAGUCCCUGAUUAAAGUUGAGGGUUUGGAAUGAAGUUUCGUAUAGAGUUAAAUGUUGAGUUGCUAAUAGGUACCAAUUGACAUGAUUUAUGGAAUCAAUAACUCUUCCUUCCCCCAUUGAAUUGGCUUCAACUGAUGGUCAGACUUUACAUAAUUCAUUUUUCUGAUCCUUCAUGGGGUAAAUGACUCAGUUUUGGAAAGCAGCAGACAACUGCAGAGCUUUGAAUUCCAGCCCUCAAUAUGGUUACUAAGGUUUAAUCCAGGGGCUGCCACUGAAGUACCAAGUCAAGUUCAAGGUCUUGCCCUGGGCAGGCUUGGGGAACGAGGACCACAUUACCUUCUUAACAUCCUUUUGAGGGCCACACAUCAGUGAAAGAUGGAGCAAUGAAUGGGAACUUUGCUUUUGUACUGUAGGUUGGUUUUUGCACGUGCACACACACACACGCACGUGUGUGUGUGUGUGUGUGUGUCUAUGUCUAUGUACCAUCCAGACAAGCAAGAGACAAUACCAGAGUUCAAGGAGUAUUUUGAACUAUUUUAAAAUAUAUUGUGAAUAAGAACAUACUGUUUGAGAUUUCUGUAUGUAGUGUGUGCUGUUGUAUUGUGCUUUUGCUAUUUUUUGUUGGGAGCUGCCCAUAGUGGCUGGGGCAAUCCAGUCAGAUGGGUGGCAUAAUAAAUAAAUAAAUGAUGAUGGUGGUGCUUUAUGGCAGAGUUAGGAUUUGAACUCUGGUCUCUCAGGUCCUACUCUGGCACUCUAACCACUACUCCACAUUUGGCUUGUAUAUCAUGUUGCUCUGCCCCCAUCUUUUGGAGUGUUGUUCCAACCAGCAUCAUACACACCUGCUGUUGGUCCAAAGGGGGCAGGAAACCAUCCAUCACCAGGAUCUGUCCUCUUUGCUCUACUGAAGGACCAGCUCCAUUUGGCUCUUCCUCUCCCUGAACUGUUUUCAUUCCAGCUGCUCAGUGUAAAAACUAUUAACUUAAGGGUUCCUGAAUUUUCUUCUUGCCCUCUUCUCUCCCCAUCAACUGUUCCUUUUGUAUGGUGCCUUUUAGACUGCAAGCCUCCAGGCAGAGAUUUCCUUCCUUCCUUCCUUCCUUCCUUCCUUCCUUCCUUCCUUCCUUCCUUCCUUCCUUUUUUCUCUCUCUCCCCCAUUGCUCAUAUCUAAGCUGCUCUGGGAGCCUUCUUCAAGUGUAAAAAUACUGUACCUAUAAUGAAUCAUUGCCAGCUUAAACAGGGGGACUCUGACGGACCAAGACGGGUGGUUGUUGCUUUUCAUUUCCAGCCACACAACUGCAACUACAUAUUAAUCCAGCCUCAGACAUGGACUUCCAUUCGGAAUCCAGCAAAGAAGAUGCUGUUAUUAGCAUAUUGGUUUUCUCUUCUCCCUCCCGGUUCCAUCCACUUACAGAUUCUUCCUCCAUCUUGGGAAGUGCAUCUUGUUUCCAAGACAGUAUAAACAAGGCCUCCUUAACCACUCGGUGCGAGUAGCAAAAAACUUCCUAUUAUGGGAAGCACUGGCACUGGCUUAAAGGAAGUGUGAUGUGUGCUUGCUGGCGCUGCUAGUCACGUGUCUCCCGUUCCACUGGUUGUGGUAUCUCCUCAGCAAUGCCCAAAGGCCACAGGGCAGGAAGCCAGCCCAGUGUCCCAUGCUCUUGGCUCCAGCUGGUGUGCCAGUCCGUCCGCCCCCCCCCCCCCCAGACAGAGCCUCGUCAGCUGGGGAGGAACAGCGAUGAAGUAACAGAAAUGGAUCUCGGAUAUUUUUGUCACACUCUUUCUCCUUGGUUGUGAGGGGGUGGGGGAAGGUGAGGAGGGGGUGGCAGCUGUUCCUGCAGGCUGCCUGCUUUUCAAGAGGAGGGAAGCUAGGCAAACAUAGGGCUUACUUAAAGGGGGAUGGGGAGAGAACAUUUCACCCCCUUGUCCUGGGCGUCUGCUGGGGGAAGGUAAGGGGGCAGUCCCCCCUCCUCAAAUAAACCGUUAUCCCAGAUUUUCAGCUUUCAUAUUUUUUUUAAAAGUAAGUUUGUGGCAUUUGUAGAAUGUGGCCAAAUGUACAGGCAGUAUUCUUACUUUUUUGUGAGAAAUUAGCCUGCUUCCCCUGUCAUAUUGCGCGCGCGCGCGCACACACACACACACACACACACACACACAUACCCCGUCCAAAAAAAUUAUUUGGAACACCCAUGAUCUAUUACCAGGCUAGAAUUCCAUUUUGUUUUUCUGUUGAAGACAUUUUUAUGUAGACAGACCUUUGCAGCUGUUUAGUUUUUUUAUUAACCAGUCACCUUACUGGUAAUCUGUAUUUUUGUUUGUACAGACGUACCUUGGUUCUCGAACAGAAUCCGCUCUGGAAGUCUGUUUGACUUCCGAAAACGUUCGAAAAGCAGGGUGCAGCUUCCGAUUGGCUUCAGGAGUUUCCUGUGCUCAAUCAGAAGCUGCAUCGGACGUUCAGCUUCCAAAGAACGUUCGCAAACCGGAACACUCACUUCCGGGUUUGCGGCGUUCGGGAGCCAAAACGUACGAGUACCAAGGCAUUCAACAACCAAGGUACGACUGUAUUCUUUUAAAUGGUGUUUUCUAGUUUCACCUUGCAAACUGCCCCGAUACUUUGCAAUGUGGCGGCAUAGAGACACAUUUAUAAAUGAAUAGAUACUCAGCGCUGCAAAACUAGAUUGGUGGUUUCACGCCCGUGUGUUUUCCUCUCUCCUCUUUCCAGUUUCGAGCUGAUGCGCAUGUGCUGGCAGUACAAUCCCAAGAUGAGACCCUCCUUCCUGGAGAUCAUCGGGAGCAUAAAGGACGAACUGGACCCAGCCUUCAAAGAGGUCUCCUUCUUCUACAGCGACGAGAACAAGCCGCCCGACACGGAGGAGCUUGACUUAGAGACAGAGAACAUGGAGAGCAUUCCUUUGGAUCCUUCCUCAACCCUCCAACCUUCUGACAAACACUCAGGACAUAAAGCUGAGAACGGCCCCGGCGUGGUGGUCCUGCGGGCCAGCUUUGAGGAGAGGCAGCCGUACGCGCACAUGAACGGGGGGCGCAAGAAUGAGCGAGCCUUGCCUUUGCCUCAGUCUUCGGCCUGCUGACCUUUCAGAACCAGGUGUUGUUGUUUUUGUCGUUGUUGCGAAAUCGUGCAUCUGCACAAGCAUCGGGAGAGGGGCGGGGGAGAGAGAGAGCAAGCAAAGCAAGCAAGAAAAAUAACAAUAUAUUCAAAAGCCUACUGUACCUCAGUGGAUCUUCAGAACUGUCAUAGCUGCACACAGGAGAAUCCUCUCUUCGGUUUAAAAGUCGAAAUAGCAUUUUUCUCUCUCUUUUUUUCUUUUUUUUUUCAAUAUGCAAGCAGAAGAUUGUUUCAAAGCAAAAAACAAAACUCUGAAUGUGGGGCACACACUCAGCCUUCUAAAACUCUUUGACAGUCACAAUAGCAAAUGAAAACUUGAGAAUCUGAUGUGUGCAUCCCCCUUUCUUUCCUUCCUUUCUGCUUCAUAAUGGGAAACAUAUCUGCGUGAAGUUCAACUGUACGGCACUUUUCUUUUUUUUUUAAAGAAUCACAUCAAAAGAAAAAUGGCAGGCCAGCAGAGGCGCGCACACACACACUCUCUCUUCCUCUCUCUCUCUCUCUCUCUCCCUCUCCCUCCUUCUCUCUCUCUGUCUCUCUCUGUUCCCCCUCGCAAGCACCUGCUGAACACUUUAGGUUGUUACAAAAGCAAAGCAGGAUUUAAAGAGGGGCAGGGGGAAGGACUGGAUUUUUAAUAUUAUUCCUUAGUCUUUUUAGGAUCACCUUAGAGAUAAAAAGAAAGGCCAUUAUUUGUCCAAGCUUGUAAACUGUUUUCAACGCUGCCAAAUUUUGCCAAAAAAACCACAAAACGAACUUUCUUUUAGGGGUGUUUGUUUUUGGGUAGGCAUCAAGGGGGCAAAAUAAUCACAUGGUCCCUUAAAAUGAAACUCAGACCAAUACACUCCAAUCAUACACUGGCAUUAUUUUUUUUAAAAAAAUCAGACUGUCUAGAUUUUUUGUUUUUUUGACUGGACAAAAAGCCUGAUUUUUUUAAAAAUGCAGUUGAGAACCUAAAGGAGAGGGUAGAGGUGAAAUAAAUUACCUCCCCUUAUAUGAAUUCUGGACAAAACUGGCACUGGUUAGCCAAAUCGGGGGGUGGGGUGGGGGUGGGGCAGAGAUGAAUUUUGUGCAAAAAUUCAACAGCACUACGAAAAGGAAAUAGACAGAAAAAAAGAAGGAAUUUCCAUGAGUUGUUCCUGCUGUUCCGUGGCAGGCUUGCGGGGAAAUACUUAAGAGAAACACACACACAAAAUGGAGAAGAAUAGCCAAUUAAACGGAUUCAAGCAUCCAACACUUUGUUGACCUUUUUUCUCUCUGUUAUUAAGACUUCAAAGGGUCUUGCAGUUCUAUGUUAGACCAUGGAUCAUUUGCAUACACAUUGUCUUUUUGUGUCACUUUUAUAACUUUUUUACAGUUCAGAUGCUCAUCUAUAUGUCUGUACAGAAAAAAAAAAGCUGCUAUUUUUUUUGUUCUUUAUCUUUGUGGAUUUAAUCUAUGAGAAAUCUUCAGGUCUACCCCCUUUUUUCCCUCUUGCCACCCCUUCCCCCCCCCAUUCCCAAAAAAGUUUCUAAAUGCUUUGUACUAUAAUGUGUAACUUCUCUUUUUCGCCUACCCCCCGCUUUCCCAAGACGUGAUACCUGAAACAUGAUUUGCCAUCAACUGUUAAUGCCUUUUAUAAAUACGUUUCUGUUUCCUCCCCCCUGUCUUCCUCUCUCUCAAAUUUCUCUAUUCCUCCACCCCGUUUCUGUUAGUUAUUUUAACAGUAUCUAUAGGCUGCUUGGGCGGGCCUGGGUGGGGGGAGAUAUAUUUCUGGUAGCGUGACUUCUGCAUCCUGCCUGAAUAUGUAUCCUCCUCCCCCUUUUUUAACCGUCUCCUCCUUUUCCUCGCCCUUUGCCCGUAAUACAGCACCCAUGUCUGUUACAGUGCAAGGUAUGAUGCAAGCUCAGGUCAGGAAAACAAGUUAACUAUUUAGUACAUUCUUAUUCAGUGUUCAUAUUCAUAUUGGUGUAUUGAUAGCCUCACCCCCAUUUUCCUUUUGCCUUUGUUUUGUUUUUGGUUGUCUCUCUCAAACAACCACACGCAUAAAAAAAAAAAAGUACAUGCAUAUGUAUUUUAAAUGUUGGGUGCAACAGCUGUUGAGCUGCCAAUACCAGAUUUGGGGGUCAUUUAAGAAAACAACAGAUUGAUUGGUUUUUAACCCUUUCAUCCUACGAACAGCACGUCUCUUUUAGUUCUCAGCGCUGGCAACUUUGUACAAGGUCACAAAACCUCUGUGUUUGUUUUUCUUUCUUUUCUUUUUGAAAAAGUAGGCUCUGGUGGCAAAAAACGAGGGUUGCUGAUAGUUCCAGCUUGCAGGAAAUGGUGGGUGGUUAAAAAUGGAGGCAAGCCGCAAGAGGUCUUGAGCAUUUGGGGCCACUGUUUGUAUGUGAGCCAGUGGUUCCCUUGCGGCAGCUAUGAAUAUCCGCAUAAGUUCAGACCAAACUCCCCAAACAAAGCGAGGAGUAAUUUGUUAGCUGAGUUGCAUAUGUUCUGUAGAGGAACAGGGAGCCUGCAGUUUGCAAAAUCAAGGUGCCUUAACACUCGUUAAUUCACCUGUACUUAACUGCAUGGAAGUUCUGUAUUAGCACUGAUCCAACCAAAGUCUGACAGCAAAAAAAGAAGGGUUGUUCUGGGAUGGAAAUGUUGAAAUAUUUCAUUUUGGGCGGGAGGGGGUGUUUGACUGAGAACAAAGAAUUAAAAUAUAAUUGCUAGAUGUGACUGGAGAUAAUGAUAUGUUUGUAGUGCUUCCCCUCCCCUCAUUUGUGUAGCUUCAGUCCCAUUAUUUUCUUUUUCACCUAUCCCAUAGUUAGCUAUAUCCCCCCCCUUUAUAAAAAAAGAAAAAAAAGGUAUUCUAUGUAGGAUUUUUUUAUUUAUUUUUGUGCUAUCAGUUUAAAUCACUGUAGAGACGCCCCAUAAUAAAUUUUAAAUACUGAGAUAAGGGUUUUUGAGUUAUGACAAGGGGACAGUUUUUUAUUUUUUCUUAUUUUUUCAAACAUUUAUCUACCUCACUCUUAUUUUUGUGUGUGUAUAUAUAUAUAUAAAUAUAUAAAUAUACAUCUCUCAGCAGCCAACAGUAUACUGUUGAUAUACCGGUAACCUCAUUCAUUGUACAAACCACAUCCUCCAGGUUUUGGAGAGGAGAGGUCACUACCAAAUCAAAAAGGUCACCUAAAAACAUUUGUAGCUGCUGUUUUCAAAACACCGUUUAUGCUUUCACUUGAUGCUGUGUUGAGAGUUGAAAAUCAUUGUCAGAAGUCAUUUGAGCUGAAAUCAAUAGCUGCUCUUAAAACCUGUUGAAAUGAAUGGGCGGGGGGGGGGGGGAAACCUCAGUGGAAUAUGCCCAUGUCCUCGAAAAGAAUGGCAUAGUGAAGCACAACAGACCCAGGUCAUCCUGGCUGAGAACUAGUGGCUCUCUGGGGUUUAAGAAAAUGACAACUGUUAAUACAUUUAUCAUGCACCAGUUGUGUACUGAAUUUGGAUGGUUGCUCUGCUGUGUAUGGAUAAAGAGUCCAAGCAGAUGCAUGUCUUUCAGAUGCCCCAAGCACCCACAAAAAAAGACUGCUGGAGCAAAGUGGUACCUACAUAAUAAUGAUGACAUGUGGUAGGUUCCGUUCUUUGGCUAAAACAAAUAGUGAAAUGUGCUGUCCUCAAACCAAGAACCCACUCAAUGUACACAUUAGGAACUUUGGUGGAGAGGAGUGGGAGCUGCUUCUGUUUAGCAGGAGCACUGAGGCAUGUUUCAUUGAAUGUGCUGAUCAUCUUGAAAUCCUUUCCCCACACCUCCAAAACUCUGCUUUAGGUGUGGGUUCUGACCAUCCUGUCGUCAGAUUUGUCACAGCUUAAUCUUAUCAGUAAGAUUUUUUUAUUCUGUGUACCUGAUUCUGGAAGUUGUUCCUGCAGGUAUGGCUUGUGGCACGGCACCUGAUUGUGUUAGUUGACUAUUUUUGGACUUAUACAGCCUCUUAGAUACAUGGCCCGUGGUUACACACUUAAGUUGUCGCCUUGAGAGAGCAUGACUAUCUAGUUCCUGCGCUUGACCUUGGGAUGAGUGGGAGGUGGGAAGGAAUCUGGAAUGCCUGAUGUGCCGGGCUUCCCCUGGCUUAGUCUCUUGGUUUUGUCCUUUUCUUCUUGGUGAUCCUUUGUGGUGGUGGUGGUGGCCUCUGUUCUCUUGCACAUAUUAAAUCUCCACAACCGUGGGGAUCUUCACUCAGUCCUUUCAGCUGGCUAAGAGGGUUUUGUUUAAAACUGUCCAAGUUAUUAUUAUUUUUUAUUGUAUGUAGGUGGUUUUGAAAUAUUAGGAGAGAACACUAACAAUGUAGUGCCCAUCUAAAAAACACAUUUCAGAAGCAUUCAAGUGUAAGGCAGUCAUGUGACUAAGCAAGUGGGCCCAUGUGAUAAGUCAGCCCAUCUGGACCAAACCACCUCGACUCUACCAUUGCAUUCUGCACUCACAACAUUUUUAAUAAUUCCAUUUUGGUUUCCACAGUUCUUUGUAUUGGGAUUUGCGUGCGUGUGUACAUGUAUGUGUCCCAGAUCAUAUAUAAUAUACCUGGCUUUUCCCAUACGGUUGUUUAUGCAUGUCAAACAGAAUUAAUGUUGGCUUCAUAUUGGGCAUGAGGCUGGGGUUUUCAGCAAGACUCUUGUCUUGCACGGGAUGGAGAACUGAUUUUAGAUCUUGAUGGGCUUGAAUUAAAGAUGUUUGAAUUAACAUUGUAAAAAAAAAAAAAAUCUAUUCGUGUUCUUAAUAGUAAACACAGAAGAUCUUGGCUCCUUCAGUCACCAGAUGUGACUUACCAACACAGAUUGUCUUCAUUGAAGGAAAAAAAGAAAGCUGGACUACCAGGUCCGUUAUGUAUUUUGAUCAGAACAUAAGAAUAACCUUGAUGGAUCAGACCAAGGAUCCAACCAGUCUUAGCAUCCAUUUUUCCACAGUGGCCAGCUAGAUGUUUCUAAGCAGUCAACAAGCCAGGUACGAAGGCUGCAGCCCUUCUAGUUUAUAUCCUCCUGCAAGAGGGUUGUUGCAUCUGGAUCCAGAUGUUCCAUUUAACUUACAUGGCCAUCAGCCAUUGUUAUGGCCUCUCGUCCUCCAUGGAGCCUCCUUUUUAAAUCCAUAUAAACCAGUGGCUAUCCUUGUAUCUUGUAGCAGCAAGUUCUGUGUUUUCUUUCAUGUGUCCUGAACCUUCUACCAUUGGGUGACCCAGAGAUCCAGUGUCAAUGAGAAGAACUUUCUGUAACCCAUUUUCUCUCCCUUGUGCAUUUUUUUUAAAAAAAAACCCCUCUAUCAUCCACCCCCCCUUAAUGUUUUAUAUUCUAAAUUUUAAAGGCGCUGAACUUCUUAGUUUUUCGUUUCUGGGAAAAUGUUCCAACCCCAUGGUCACACCUUUUCCAGCUUGUUGAGAUGUAGUGAGCAGAAUCAUACCCAACAUUUCAAGUGACUUUGCACCAAUUGAUUAGGUUAUUUGUAAUGUUAUUUUCAAUAAAUUUCCAAACAAUCCCUAAUUGGUUUAUUUCAUUGCCGCUGCACAUUAAUAGCCACCACAACCACCAGUAUGUAUUCUUGGAAACAACUUGAUGGUUCAGAUCCCAUCAAACAUGUAUGUGUAAAGUUAGGGUUAUUUUUUGGUCCAGUGUGCAUCACACAAUUUCAUUCCCCAUGUUCUUCUUUGGAGCUUUUCAUGGUCAGCAUGAGUGUUCACUAUCCUUAAUAAAUUUAAAAGCAUCAGUCCCAAUACAGAUCCUGUUGGGACUUCGUUGUUUAUAUUCCCCCAUUGAGAGGUUUCCCCAUUAUUCUUCGUUUCUGCCUCCUGUUCUUUAAUCUUAGUAAUCCAUAGGAGGAGUUGCCCUUUUAUUCCAUAACUGCUAAAUUGAUCCAGGAGUCUCUGGUGAAGGAUUUUGGCAAAAAAUUUUUUAGAAGUCAGAGCAAUAUAAUAUCUAUUGGAUUAUCCUGAUCUACCUGUUUUUUGAAUCUCUCAAAGAAUUCUAAAAUGUGGAUGAGGCAGGAUUUCAUUUUGCAGAAGCCAGUUUGCUGCUUCUGUUUAAUUAUUCUGUCUUCUGUACACUCUGCCCAUUUUACUGGGAUGGAUGUUCGGUGAAUGGACCUGUCUUUUUCCAGGUCCUCCUGGCUCACUUAAAAAAAUAUAAUUGUUGGGAUUUGACUACUUUCUAAUCCUCCAGUAUAGAGGCCAGUUUGUAUUGAAGCAACAUGCAGAUUUUAAGAGCAACAAUUUCUCAUUUGGAGUUUUCAAAGAACAGCAUGUAUGCCGUCCAGAAAUGGUGACUUGUUAACUUCUGAUCUUAUAAUUAGCCCCAGAUUUGCAUUUCAUGACACCUCCAUUUGAUGUAGUACCCACCCCCACCCACCCCCCAAAAUGUGAUUCAUAUGUGUCUGUCACUGAGUUCUUUUAGUGACGUGCAGGAGGUGGUUUGGUUUCAGAGGAAGGAAUUUUGUAUCAACACAGAAGUGUUGCAUGCUUGGUUGCUAUUAAAUCAGAUGUUAACCUUGUUAUGAAAAGAACUAGACACCAAAAGCAGAGCAUGAGGUGGGGCUAAUUUCCAAUUAAUUUCUCCUCCUUGAGAGAAGAGAUGUUAAAGAUUCUUUCACAGUUCAACGCUGAUGCUACUGUUGAUACAGAAAAUAAAAGAAAUGCUCAGCCUCAAGACUAGUCACGAGAUGGAACUGCUUUUUAGAUCUCUGGGAACCUGCUGUGGGUUGUUUACUACAAUCCAUGGCUGUAUGAAUGACACUCCUGUUGUUGAUAUAAUGUUCUAUGUAGUUCUAUUUUAAAAAAAAAUUCCAUUCCAGUAGUCAGUAACGCAUUCUUGUUAUGCUCUUUUAAUUUUGUUUUUUCAAUGGUGUACUCCAUCACUGGAUAACAAUGAGUGGAUCUAUUGGGGCUCCUGCCAUAGUUGCAUAGCCCAGCAAUGAACUCUACAUACUGCAACCCCACUCUUUUAAGCAUAAUUAAAAGGAAAAAAAAUGUUGGCACAAACAGAAAUAACAAGAGAGCAUGUCCAUAUAUAUGUGCCGACUCAAUGGUUACGUAUAGGUUGAACCCUUUCCCCCCCCUGCGGGUGCUGAAGAUACAGAACCAAUGGGGUUGUAUUCUAGAAGUUGCUGGCUAUCAUCUCAGUUUGGAAGACCAACUGGUUCUGAGUCAAGGCACUUAACAUUUCUUUUUAAUAGGUUUUUUAAAAGAACUAUAAGGAGGUCUAUCCAAACUGAAGGCAGAAAAUAUGCAAGACACUGUGAAAUACAGGUAUGGGGCAAAGAUACUGAUAUACAAAGACACAGUUUGCCCGAAGUUCAGCAUAGUUUACAAAGCAUGACAACAUCCAACUAAUUAAUUUGACCUUGUAUAAUUGAAUUCCUGUCUCAGUGUCUUUGCUGUGGAGUCAAGUACACUAUGUAGAACUUUAUUAAAGGCUAUUACUCAUGAUAACAAGUUUACCCUGAUCCAGUUCUCCGUGUGCACAUGGAGUUCUGCACACCUGGCUUCCCUGUUCACCUUAAUGGAAGGCAGUUCCGCUGAAGUAAAUGGGGAAGUCCUUGCUGGAGUGGCGCAUGUGCUCUACGCACGUACUAGAGCAAUUGGAAGGGAUUGCUGGACUGGGCCACCUGACCAUAAAUAAGUGUUGCACAAGUUCCAGAUGGCUUUCAUUAGAUGUGCAUGUGGAAUGGGUGUGUACUUGUGUGUGGCUGUCAUCUUUUACUUUUGUAUCCUUUCUGUUGACUAGCAAUCCAUUAGCAUUUUCAAUAGGGCUCUUAAGUCCAGUAGAUUACGGGUAGUCAGUUGACAAAGCUCUGGUUUACAAAACAAAACCCUUAUUACAUAUUUCAUUGCAUUUUAUAAGUACAUAGAAUGAUUUUUAUAGAAAUGUUUGUAGUUUAUAAAUGCCUAAAAUAAUUUAAGGGCACUUUUCAGUGUGUGUGGAUGUAUGUCUAAGGUUUUCUUUUCCUUUCCUUUCCUUUUUAGGAUACUGGUUUUACUAGUUAGCUUUACAAUAUGCCAAAAAAGGAUCCUGUACCAACUCUUAAAUCAUGGUUCAUUUGUUGCCCCAAAUACACAGUAAACCCAGAAUAUGUUCUGUAUCUUCAGUCACCUGGUCUUCCAGAGCCCUCUGGAUGGGUGGGAUCAUUUUCAACUGGUCAUUUCACUUAUACUGUAUGGGUGCAGGUUGGGAUAAAACCUCAUUGGUUAAGGAAACAGAACCAUUGUUGCUGCUACGCAGUCUUUAGCUACAAUCCUCAGUACGCUUCUUUGGAAGUAAGUUACACUGAAAUCCAGGGUAAAUGCAUCUCCAAGUAAACGUGUUUGGGAUUGGAAUUAUUGUUUGCAUUAUUUAAGUACCUGCUUUAUUGUUGCCUAGGUUGAUUGAAGGAUUUGACUGCAUAGUAUGAUAUCGUGGUGAAAAGCCACUUUCAAUACUUAUCACUGAAAGAAAGACAACUUACGUUUACAGAUUCCUUAUCACUUCUAUUCAAAGAAAAGGUGGCUUCGUAUGCAGCCUGUACAAUUUAUGUAGAUAUUUAGCAACGUUAAAUCUUUGUUUUAAAUGACCAUCAAAGGUCCCUAUUUAUUAUUCUAAUUAUUUAAACAAGAAUACCGAAGAUCCAAUUUCUGUACCCAAAUUAAAACAGCUCCUUCUCCUCUUUACCCGAACAGUUCUGGGUAGUUCUGUUGCCUUUUUUAAUAUUUUUUUUCUGUUUUCUAAACCAGUGAGGUUUGAGAAGAAAGGACUGGCCAGAGUUGUUCUACCUCUGGAACAAAAAAGUUGGGGAAAAAACACAGAAACUAGAAAGUGCUAUGGAACUGAAUGCAUUUGCAAACAACAUUUUCCAAGUUACCUUGUUUAAAAUAUAAAGUUUUUUUAAAAAAUAAUAAAAAAUAAAAUAAAACAGUAAUAACAUGGCCAAUUUAUUACAUAAAGACUUGCUAUGUAUAAAUUAUUCCUAAAGAAAUUCCUGUGUUUAUAUUAAAAUGAAUCAGUAGAUGAUGAAAAAAAUUCAAAAUGUUUUUGUAUAUUCUGUUGUAAGAAUUUAUUCCUGUUGCGAUAUAUUCUGGAUUCUUUACAUUAUGAAAAAAAGAACCUUUUGUCUAUUUUGAAUGGCUGAAGCUAAGGCUCCUUUAGUUUCUCUUACUCUGCUUUUUUUCUAGUAGUUACAGUACUACAUAAUUAAGUUAAAUAAAAAGAAUUCUGUAUGCAUUUUUGCGU